AUUAGCUUUUAGAUCUCUCUUGAAGGGAGCUGCUAUGUUUUUGCCUGCUAGAGGUGGAAAUAACAGUUAAGGAACUCAAAGGGGUUGGGUGGAUUUUCAGCAGGGUCUCUCUCUCUUCCCCCCUUCCCUGAAUGAAUUCAGGGAAAGGCCUUUUAAAUGUUUGGUGCAUGUUUCAGAUUUGCUGGACAUUAAGGAGAGAACUUAGGAUGUUAAUAGUCUCAGCUGAUUAUUAGGGGGGAAAUUAGAUGUUACACCACCAAGCUGCAGCUCAGACCAGGAAAGAAUGAAAGGUGGGAGAAGAGUCUUAAGCAGUUAAUUGAGCUGAAAACAUUGCAGGAGAAGACUGCUCUGAGAAUGCCUCCUGUGUGACUGAAGAUGGUCUGUCGCUUAAUAGAACCACAUCCCCCAAAACUGGUUCUUUACGGUUCUUUACAGGAAUGCCUGCAUCAACUAACCAAGUUCUGGUCCUCUGCUCCAUCAAUGCAGAAAAAACAGUAACAACAGUGGAAAAUUGGAAGUCCGAAUUUCAGCUUUCUUAGAAAGAACUGCGCCCCGACACAUCCUGUAAUAUUUAAAUAAGCGGAGAAAUAAAACCAGCAAGAUGUUGUGCUCAGAAAUGACAACGUUGACAUGAAGAAUAGGUAAUUUACAGUUCACCUCUUUUUUUUUUGCCCCCUACCCCCCAGCCACCAGGAAAGCAGACCUCAUAAGAAAAAGUAGAAGGUGGAAGAAAGGGAUUACUUUUUUGUUGUUUUUAUUUAUUUUGCAUAUUGAGAUUUAUAUAUAUAUAAAUAUGGACAAAACUGUGCUCAAAGCUCUGGUGAGCUUACUCUGGAAUUGUUGGAUUCUAAUGGGUUCUGUGAAGGCAGGCAUAGGAGACAAUCACGUCCACUCCAGUUUCAUUUACAGGAGAUUGCGGAACCAUGAAAGAAGAGAGAUCCAGAGAGAAAUUCUCUCCAUCCUGGGUUUGCCUCACAGACCCAGGCCAUUUUCACCUGGAAAGCAAGCUUCCUCAGCACCCCUCUUCAUGCUUGACCUCUACAAUGCCAUGACAAAUGAAGAAGAUACUGAAGAACUGGAGUAUUCACUCAGGGGAUCACUUGGCGGAGAGAGCAAAGGGCUGAGGAAGGGGUACCCAGCAUCUCCAAAUGGAUACUCUCGGAGAAUACACAUAUCUCGCACAACUCCGCUGACUACACGGAGCCCUCCCUUAGCUAGCCUGCAUGAUACCAACUUUCUGAAUGAUGCAGAUAUGGUCAUGAGCUUUGUCAAUUUAGGUAUGUUGCUUUCUUUCUUUCUGAUACGUUCCUCUGUGUUUGACAAGCUAGGAGCCAGGACCUAGAAGCUGGCUUCUGUCAUGGCCAAAUUGGUCCCUGGAAGGCGUAUUAAUAAUACAAGCUGAUGUUGAGCUAAUGCUAAAACAGGCUACAUUGUAGGUGGUCAUGGGGUGUGUAGGUUUCUCUCACUGUUUAUGUUAAAGUCAGUUUUUAUAAUUCUCCUCUCUCGACUUCUUUCCUUGAUGUAAUGAAGUUGUGUAGCUUUAGGCUAGUAGCAAGGGUUUUUAUUUGGUGUUUUUUUGGUAAAAUCUUUUUAAAAAUAAGCACGUGAGUUGGUGGAUUAUGCACUACAAAAAAAACCUUAAAGGAAUAGGAAGUUGAAGCGUGUUAUUUGAAAGUUACAGAAUUGUGUGGGAGAAGAAGCAAAAGGACAGACAGUUUGGAAGAUAAAUUUUAGUUGUUUCAGAGAUUAUAGAUAGUGAUUCAGCCUUACCUUGUGCAGCUUUACUUGGACAUAACUACUGUGGACAUAACUAGUGUGGGUUAUUAUUAUUCUCUAGUAAUUGUGCAUAAGAUUGCAGCCUUAUAAAGAUUUCACAUCUCUUGAGAUUUUUGUUGCUUUUCCUAUCUAAGAGGAAGAUCUGUGGUGAAUAUUCUUGUAUUGUGGGAUUCACUGCCUUUCCUUUGUUGUUAUUUUAUAGCCACAGUUCUCAUAUUUGUCUAAGUCUGGGAGCCCUCCCCCCCAUGCAUAUUUGAAAAAUAUUAAUUCUAUAAUAUUUAGAAUCAGAAACAUAAUGAAUGGAGCAUGUUUUAGAGUCUUCAGUUUUUGAGUAUAUGAUUCAGGGAGGAAUAUAACUACAAUACACUGCAUAAUGAAAUAAUGAUCCACAUGCCCACCUUGCAAUAGAAAAGGUCAGUUUAAGAAUGUUGUUACUAAGCAAUUGUUUACCAGUUUGCCAGUUUUCAGUUCAAGGGGGAAAAUAUCUUGCAUAUGCUGUUCUCUAGUAAGGAGUGUGUGUUCAGCUCUUCAAAAUAACCACAACAACAUUAUUUCCCCUAGUAUACAGCUAUUCUUUUCAGCAUAUGACCUGAAAUAUCUUGCAAUGGCUGUGUCUUGUAAAUAGCAUCUUCUGAAUUUUUAUUCGCUAUAGUGAAGUUACUCCAGUCCUCAGUUGCUAAUACCUUAUAUCUUAGAAAGCACCAAAUGACAAAGUUCAGCUGCUAUAAGAAUAACAAUAUUUUACCAGUUCUUUGGUAGCAGAAAGCUGAUUUCAAAUCUCUUUGAAAAUGUGCUAUUGUGUGCUUUUUAAGGCAAUUGCAGUCCGGAUUUUUGUUUGUUUUUGUAAGUAUAACUAGUCCUCAGGAGUUUUAUUUCUCGCAUUCCUUUCAAAUGUUGUCCUACUGUUACCUUUGCUUUGCCCUUAUCUGUAGCUUGAUUUAACUCCUGUGCCCAAAGUAAAGUUGAAAUGGCUAUAUAGACCCACGCAUAUUUACUAAGGGAAGCCAAGGAUUCCAAAAAGUACCAAGCAAGUGUUUAAAUUUAUGCAUUUUAACAGAGAUCCUUGAUGGAGGCAGAUUGACGUAUCACUUCGUAUUCGUUUGCUCUGACUUGUGUCAGGACUGAACUCCACUGGUUCAAACAGGAUCAUUCAGUAAAUGAAUGUGCUAUUAAGGAAAUACAGUACCUGCAUCCCCCACGCCCGAAUCCUUCAUAGAUCUUCAGGGGUUAGAGAUUAUGCAGAACACAGACUGCAUACAACUGUUACAAGAUUUGCUUUACGGACUAUUGUUUUUCUUAUGAGUUAGAUUCCCACCGACCCCCUCCCUAGAUCGUUAUUGCUUAUAUCCUACUACUUUGGAAGCACUUUAAGAAGCAGCUGCAUAUCAGAGUCUUUUUAUGGAACCUGGAAUGGAAGGCUUUUUUUCCCUCUUGUGGUUACUAUGUGCAGUCAUUAUUGAAUUUCAAGCUUUAUUAGGUUUCUAUGAGCUGACCCAAAGUAUGCUACAGUUUUUCACCCCUCUGUAGUUGUGCGUUAUGUAGCUUCUAAAGCAUUUCCCACUUUGCGACAUUGAUUUCAAAAUAUCAGUGCAUAACGUGAGCUAACUAAACAUUUUAAUUUUAAACAUAGCCUUCUGUCAUUGCCAUACAAUUAAAUUAUGCUGCAAUCCUAUACCCACCUACCUGGAAGUAGGCAGCAUGAAAUGCCGUGGGACUUUUCUUCUAAGAAGACAUGUAUAGAAUUGCAGGGUUAAUCCUUUAUGUAGGCAACUAUCUUCUAUUAUUUAUUUGAAAACCAUCAGGCAAUCUGGGUUAAGGUGUAAAAGGGAAAAGAUGGGAGCGACAAAUGGGCAGUCCUUGUUUCAACUCCGCAAGAUUUGUUUUACAAAAUAAUUGAAGCUCUUUGUGACUGGAAGUAUCACUGAAGUUCUUUGUGAUUCGAGCUAUCAGUCAGUUGCAAUCAAAUUGCUCUGUUUUGGAAGGAGCUGACCGUGUUUAAGUGGAGGGCUAUUAUCAAAUUACAGUACAUUAAUCCCCCAUGAGGUGAUAAAAGAAUUUGCAUAAAUCAUUGCAUUGCCAACUGUAACUGUUAAAAAACCCAUAUGCUAAAAAUAACAAACGUGAAGUGCUAAGUCUUAGAAAUGCUGUUUUCUGUGAGCUUGAGGUAAUAAAAUUAGUCUUGAGGGACACGUGUACUAUGAGGCAUUCCCGCCCCCCCCAAUUGAGGAACAAAAGGUGGUCAUAAUUAUUCUGACAGAAUAAUUUUUGAUAAUGUUUGCAUGCUUUGCUAAUGAAAUUUAGAAGUGCCUGAGGGGUUAUUGAAAUGCUAAUUUUGAAAUCAAGCUAGAGGGGAAAACGAAGUAAUCUGCAAUUCAGAGGAUGUCUGCCUUUUCAUCAUCUCUGAAUCCUGAUUUCUUCUUCUUAAGAAGAGCAAAUGUAUACUUUUUUAAAAUUUGUGUUUUCUUUUCUGCUAGUAGUAUUCUCAUUUACCGGUAUGUUUAUAAUAAUGUAACCUCUCGUUCUGCUCUUCCCUUUCAGCUGACGUUUGUAACACUGAAAUUGUCACCAAAAACGCUUUAAAUUUAUUGAGAAAUAAUUAACUUCAGUAUUCUAGUACUCAGAGACAACCAGGACACCUUACUUAACAAAGAUAGGUAAAUCCAUGCCUUUGUUACUAUUGCCGUUAUCUGAUUAUGGUAGACAAAAGCUAAGAAUAGUUUUACCUCAUAGUGCCCAGCUUCUCCUCUAAAAGGAUCUCCAAAAAUUGAAAUAAAAACUUGCCAACAUUUGGAGAUUUGUUUCCAUUUUUAGCUUAAAUUUAUUCAUUAAAAUUCAUGUCAGAUACGGAAUCUGGUUGUUUUCACACCCCACCACUUUUUCUGUUGUGUACAUUAGUUUUUGAAGAAUUGUGCUUAAAAGCUGAACUGUAUAACUGGCAUGGGAUUUUGAUAACAUGCCCCCCCGCCCGCUGUCAGACAGGAAGGGGAGAUACAGCAUUUUGGAAGGGGUUUUCAAAAUCUGUACUAAUGUGUGAUUCAAUCCUGGUUGGAAAUGUUGAUGAUGAUAAUAAUAAUAAUAAUAAUAAUUGUACUUAAGCACAGUUCUGUUCAGUGAUUCACUGGUGAAAUAAAAAGGUUGUCUAAUGCCCCACUCCCAGGUGAUCAUUGGAGCUUUGUCUAAGACUAAGUGGAUUGCCGACAUAAAACUAUCUACUCAGAUAGACCUCAAAGGAUCACUGGGGUUGGGGAACUAGGCUACCUUUUUAUUUUACAAAUGAGUUGUUGAAUAGUGGAAGGCUCUUUACAUUCUGUAUAUUACUUUCAAUGAGACUCCCAUGAGAGUGAAAUAAAUACAGGCAGUGGAUGAUUGAUGCUUGGCGUAUUGUUCCCACAGAUAAUUCCAAAUUCAGUAGACACUAUGAUUGUACUUAUCCUCAAUUUUCUUUUUAUUUACCAAUACUGUCAAGCUGUAGGUUUGAGGAUUGAAAAGCAAGGAAGUAAUUUAUUAGGGUAGUAUUCCACUAAGUUUUAUUCAGAGUACACCUACUGAAAUUAAUAUCCAUUAAUUUUAAUGGAUCUACUCUGAUUAGAAAUUUGUUGAAUACCACCCUUAGUUAGAUUCCACUGUAGAUUUUCUGUAUCAAAUUCUUGAAUGACCCCCCCCCAUUACAAGCAGCAGGAAUAAGCUGAAGAAUGGGAGUUUUUAAUUCAUCUUUUUCAUCUUAUCAACUACUAUUAUUUAUAUACCUCUCCAUAGUUCAAAGAAAUUUCUGAAAGGUUUACACACAUAUAUACAGCGGUACCUCAGGUUAAGUACUUAAUUCGUUCCGGAGGUCCGUACUAACUGGGAAUGCCUCAUAGUACACGUGUCCCUGAAGCAUCACUUUAGCUAAUGGGGCCUCCUGCUGCCACUGCGCCGCCGGAGCACAAUUUCUGUUCUCAUCCUGAAGCAAAGUUCUUAACCUGAAGCACUAUUUCUGGGUUAGCGAAGUCUGUAACCUGAAGCGUAUGUAACCUGAAGUGUAUGUAACCUGAGGUACCACAGUAUAUCACUAAGGAAAGACCAGGAUCCUGAAAAGCAUUGCAGAAACGCUAGGAUUUACACAUCUUGUGCAAAAUGAGGGCCAAUUCAUUGGGUUUUGAGGUUGAGUUGCCCCACUUCAUAUUAGCAGGGCUCUCUUAUCUUAAUGAGGAAAAAAAGUGACUUUUGGGCUAUGCAUGGAAACAGCCAGUUUUAUAUACUACUGUAACUGCCAGUAAAAUUGGCAGCUACUGCUAGGUGUGGGAUUUUUUUUUCCUUUUUGAAAGAAGCAAGCAUUUCCACAAGCAAGGAAACAAACCUGUGUUUCCUCCAGUACUCAUAACAUUCUGAUUUAUGCUCAUGGUAGCAUAACACCUGUUGCCUCUCUUUCAGUUUUCCACAAAAACAUGUUUGCCACAAACUUGGCCAACUCAGUUGUGAUGGUGGGAAGUAUUGUCAUACUAACCUUGGAAAACCUGUAAAAAUUGUAUUCCCUUUAUUUGAAAUGAAACCAAGUUAAAUAGCAUGUUUCUCUUGCCUGGCAGCGCUCUCCCACAUUUCCAAUUUUGCCCCUCACCCCCAUUUGCUGGUUAAGUAUUAUAUUCACAUAAAGAGGUCAGUCAGAAAGGUCAUGAAUGAUUUUGAAAAUUUGGUACAGAAAACAGGCAAUUCACAUUAAUGAAUGAGUUCUGAAAUAGAUAUAUGUGUGUGUGAGUUAUGUGUACAGUUAGGACAUUUACUCUAACAGUUCUGAAGUAAUUGAUCCAGCAGUGUUUUGAAAACAUAUAUUUUAUUUUGUUUUUUCUCGUGGAUUUGAAAGAGACUCAGCAUCUUGGUUUGCCAGAAAAAUAUGAAAGAAAUCACCAAUAACCCAAGAGAAACUGAUGUAGCAGAUGGCUGGGAGUGUAUGGUGAAGGGACAUACAUAUGUGUAAAAAUAUGUACUGUUAUUAAUAGUUUUGCCAUUAGGAAGGAGACUGAUACAGUUCCGCUUGUUUUUUCAGUAUCAGUUGCUUUUUCAGACUAAACAGACUUUGGGCGGGAAGCUGUGGGUUAGGUACAAUACAUGUCUUACUAGGGAAAAACACACUCAUGCACAUAGAAAACCUCAUAGCAACCGUGAAUAGCAAUUAAAGUCAUCCAUAAUAACACCUCUUGGUUGUUGAUGCAACCUUUUGUUUCCUGGAAAACCAUGUGGUGCGUAAUAUUCCUAACCAGCAUGCCGGUUCCUACACAAAGACCUCUGUGACAGCUAUCCCUGGCUAUGAUGAAUAAUAAGGCAGGCUAUUAGGUAUUUGCCAUGUGAGGAAAGUGCUUGCAUGAAGAAUGACUCUCUAGCGGUGAGGUGGUGAUUCUUUCCCUGCUUCCCAGGCUGCUCUUGCAAACCCUUCUAAAGAAACCUUUGGUUGGUUGGUUGGUUGGUUGGUUGGUUGGCUGGCUGGCUGGCUGGCUGGCUGGUUGAUAGGCUGUGCUUAACUGCAUGGCUCCAUUAGCACUAUACAUUUAAUGCAGUCAUGUCUUCCCCCAAAGACCCCUGGGUAGUGUGGCUUGUUAAGGGUUCUGGGAGUUGUCACAGAUCUACAGUUCCUUGGAAAGAGAGAUUUACUCUGUUAAACCACUCUGCGAUUUGUAGCUCUGUGAGGGAAAUUGGCUCCCUUAGCAACUCUCAGCACCCAUAACAAACUACAGUUCCCAGGAUUCUGUAAAUAUAAAACAUUAACGCAACAGAGCUGAAGUAGUGUUUAACAACAAGAUCAAAGCCCAUAAUACUAUAGAAGAUCUAGUAUUUAAAACUGUGUUGAUUGGUGCUCUUCGUGGAAUGCCAUCCAGAAUCCAUGGUAGAUGUGGGAUUUGAACUUGAAUUCCAGGUGCAUCUAAAAUACUAGCUACUGCAACGUAAGAUCAAGUAGGAUGCAGUUUGUGAACCAGUCCAUACAUGCUACUGGUUUUCACCCUAACUAUCCUGUUGCAUGUAAAAUAUUCAGUCUUAUCAGAAAGCAUUGUGGUAGAGAUGGUGUGAGAUUCUUUGAAAGUGAAAUCUGUGGUGUGUGUUCUGCAGUGUGCAAGUCACACUCACGAGUGACUAUGUGAGGGUGGAUUUAUGAAUAUGUAAAUCACACAUCUAUAGUAGCUAUAUUUCUACCAUGGAAACACUGAUUGGGAUACAAUUUGGAUAAGCCCUGCUAUUGUGUUAUUUUUAUGUAAUCCUUCUGUGGGUACUCAUUCUUACAAAUGUGCUCCCAAGUGACAGAAUCAAGAUACCACCAUAGGAAAUUAGCUUUCAGUAAUUGAAUUUCAUGGUGUGUGUUUUUUACUUGCAUUAUGCAGCAGGCGAGACAACAUAGAUUGUGGUAAUGUUUCUGUGUAACUAGUGAUUGUGUGAACUUGCCGUUAGCGUGCAGCAAUGCUUGCAAUGUUUGACCUAAAAACAGGGAUGCAAGGAAGCAAUCAUAUCCAUUUCAACCUGUAUUCAUUACAGCCAGCACUGUUUCUGUAGUGCUACAGUUUUAUUAUCACCAAAUAAUAUUAUUUUCUCUGUCCAACAUUUAAUGCAAGUUACGUAACUUAUGUAACUUUCACCUUACAUUCAUUUCAAUGAAAAGGAAAUGCCAGAACAAUGUAAAAAAAACAGUUCUUAUUUACAUGUUGCUUGCAGACUAAAAACAACAUAGUAGCUGAUUUUUGCAGACUUAAAAACAAUGUAACUUGAAUAUAUUCACUUAAGUGAUUUCCUUUCCUGCCCACAGAAGCACAUGAACUACAGCAAUUUCUACUGCACUUCAUUUCCCAUAUUUGUUGGAAUUCUCUGACUUCCUUACCUAAAAGUAAUAGUAGUAGCAAUAAUAUAAUUUUGUAUGCUGCCCAUCUGACUGUGUUUCCUCAGCCACUCUGGGUAGCUCCCAACAGAAUACUAAAGCACAGUAAAACAUUAAAAACUUCCCAUACAGAGCUGCCUUCAGAAAACUGGUGGGCAGUGGGAUAACAUGAGGGUGGUACAUUGGGAAAAAUAUUCUAGGAAAAAUGAAAAGUGAAAUAAACAAUAAAAUAUGACAGUAUGUUAAAAAGAGAGCAGCCGGGGGGGGGGGGGGAUAUCACAACUUUAGUACCAGAGGGAGGGAUCCGAAUUGCUGAGGCCUCUUUAAAGUACAGCAACCACCUCAGUUCCAGAAGCAAAUCCUUUCAUCCCAGCAAAGUAAAACACACGCACCAAAAGACCCCAUCCCACCUCAGUAUGUGUGCAUGCAGAGAGUACAUAGAGCAGCUACUAAUGCUUCUGGCCAUAAAUAACAUAGUAGCUAGCUUUCUAAAAACCACAGGUUAAAGGAUGAGGGCUGCCAUGACGCACACAGAGAGGCUGAGAUCAGAAGAGAAGCAAAAAAGGAGGUUAGUCAAAACAAUGAAUCCCCUUGUUCGGAGUCAUAUUUAUGAGUGCUUCAUUGCACCUAAAGUUCAUAUUUUAUUGGCUAGGCCAUGGGGUUUCCCCAUUUGCUCAUCUCUUAAAAUAACACCCCUGGCUAAAGAUUCCUAUAAAACACAUGAGUGCUAUAGCAGGCAAAACCUGUCAGUCCUGACAACCGGUUAGUUUGUUUUGGUGGAGUGGUGUUGGAGGGACUUUCAAUUUUUGCCCUGAAGAUUGAGAUGUUUUCUGUGCAAAGUUGACCGUAGGGCGUUUCACGUUCAGUCCUCGUUUUGAGACACACAUUUCUUAAACAUUGUUUGUUUGCAGGCUAUUAGUCUACGUUUAAUCUCUCUGUUUGGUAACCCACCUUGUAGUUUGAAGAAAGUGUGGUGUGUAAUAAGCAACCCAUGGAAAAACAAAAAACAAAAUCUAUGCUUCCAUCAUGAAAAAGAUGCCACCAAAAUCCAAUGGGCAAAUAUUCGUGCUGUUUCUAUGGUGUUUAGAAUGCUUCUGUUCUCUUGGCUGAGGCUAAAGGUAGGUCAUAGCUCAGUGGUGGAGAAUGUUCUUUUUCUGCAGAAGGUUCCUGAUUCAGUUGCCAGCAUCUCCAGGUAGCACUGCCAGUUAGUGUAGGCCAGGGCUUUUUCCCCCAGGUGGAACUCGCUGGAACUGAGUUCCAGCACCUCUCAGGUGGAUGCCAUUGCCAUUCUAAGAGAAAGAGGUGAAUUCCAGCACCUUUCCCCUGCAAGAAAAAUAGCAGGGCUGAGCUAGACCCAACAAAUGAUACAGCAGCUCCCUAUUUUCCUAUAUUAUGCUGUUUCUUUUUCCCACUUCCUUCUUUGUCCUUAUAGUUCCCAGUCCUGUUUGAUCACUGUCACUCACAACACACAGUUGUUCUGUUUCCAUGCAUCUGUGCAGUCCUCACGUUGGACAUACCAAAUAUUUACAUACCGGUAGGUCAUCCUGGCCAAUAGAAUUAAAACAGUAGACUGGACAAAAGUGGCCAAGGAACUGUACUGUGGUGGCAAAGGGAAAAUAGAGAAAGGGCAAUGAGAAGAGUUGCAGUGAAACAAUAUGGAAAACUGGGAGCUGCCUUUCAACAUAAUAAGACAAAACAUGUAAGUUUAGUCUCAGCCUUGCCAAGAAAUUCCACCCAAAUAAUUUGUACAACACUCCGUUUCUGCCCAAACCCGACUUAUUUAUAAACAAAAUAUAUGCUUCUGUCCAGCUGGACAAUGUUAGGAGUUAAGUGCCCUUCUUAUUGGAGAAACCAACACAUUUUAGAGACCCUGUUCCCCAAACAGAAAGACUAGAUUCAGUGUCUAUAAAAUCCCCAAGAGUAACCUAUUUCUGCUUAUGAGCAACUGAAAUGGAAUGUAUCCUUCAAUAGUUAAAAUUUAUUGCUUGUGUUUCAAUUAUAUAUUCUUCCAAAGCAUCUUUAAAAGGGGAUUUUAAUGGAUUGUUUGAAUUCAUUGUCUUGAUUCACAGAAUUCUGCAUGCCAUAUUUUAGAGUGCGGUAGCAGAAUCUAUGGCCUUCUGUACGUUGUUGGGUUUCAACUCCUGACAGCCCCAGCCAGCAUGACCAAUGGUCAAGAAUGAUGAGAGUUGUUGUAGCCCAACAACUUAUGGAGGGCUUCAGGUUCCCUGAUCCUGGUUAUGAGAAUCAGGUUUGAGCCAUGGGCUGUUGUAUGUCCUCCUCCCCUCCCUCCUGUAUAGGUUUGAACUCUUGCCUUUUCAGCCCUAACACUAGUUUCUCAUGAUACCUGACUCUGCAGAUGACACAAUUCAUUCCAAAUCAAAGAUUGCACUCCCAAUUCCAACCAUGGAUUCUGCCUGUGUUUUGGAGGGAAUCGCUUAGCAGAAUUUGCCAAGUUGGAUGUCAUGGCAAACCAUGGUUAGUGCUAAAUUGGAAAUGGGAACACAUCAGUCCAUUGUCUGGGGGAAUCUACUGACUUCAGCCUAUAUAUGUGUUUUAAUUACUUAAAGUAAUAUAAUAUUCUGCUCAACAGCGCAACAAAAAUUUGAUUCUGGGGUUUCUAAGUAUUGCGCAAGUGUCAUGUUUGUGGUGGACAAAGUUAGUGCUACUACAAGUGAAUACAGAGUAUGCAAAAGGUAUAAUGCAGUACAGUGGUACCUCUGGUUAAGUACUUAAUUCAUUAUGGAGGUCCAUUCUUAACCUGAAACUGUUCUUAACCUGAAGCACCACUAGCUAAUGGGGCCUCGUGAUGCUGCCGCGCCGCCGGAGCACGGUUUCUGUUCUCAUCCUGAAGCAAAGUUCUUAAUCCGAGGUACUAUUUCUGGGUUAGCGGAGUCUGUAACCUGAAGCGUAUGUAACCUGAAGCGUAUGUAACCCGAGGUACCACUGUAUAGCUAUCUGUUACACACUAGACUUUUAAAGUACAUUCCCGCUUCCUCCCAAGAAUUAUGGGAACUGUAGUUUACCUCUCACAUAGCUACAAUUCCCAGCAUCCUUAGCAAACUACAGUUUGCACUUUUAAUGUGCUUUAAAAAUCUGGUGUGUUUGCAGCCUUAAAGUACAAUCAUAUGCCUGGUUACUUGGAAGUCCCAUUGUGUUAAAUGUGGCUUGCUCUCUAGGAUAUGUGUUUAGGAUUGCAGCCUUUAUGUAUUUAAUCAGGAAGGCAAAAUAUAGCACACUAAAUUUAUGAAAACUGAAUUGCCUAAAAUGAAAUUGCUUUUUAUUUUAAAGUUGCUUUAAAAAAACAAAACAAAAGCAAAAACCAAUACUGUGGAUUCAUUUCAGCCCUGGCCUUUGCGUGAUUCCUUGCUCGGGCCAAUUUUUAUCUGCUGACCAUCUGACCCCUGUUGUUAAUUUUACUUAAUUGCAUCCUGUUUCAAUGUUUUGCAAUGAGGAUGAAAGUUCUUAAAGCCUUAUGGAGAGGAUAUGAAGGCUAAUAAUAGCGAAUGUUGUAAUAAAGCCCAGUCUCAUGAGGUUAUUUCUUUAGUCUGAUGGGUGGCAUAGUAGUUUCAAGAUCUUUAAGGUGAAACUCUGAAUCAAGUUCUUUUUGAAGAGGGAGAUUGUCUUCCUGUUUGCUUUUUUGGGAGUUGGAAAGCAUUAUUUGGGAUGUAGCCCCUUUGAAUAAUCAGUAACAGCACUUGAGUGCAGAUAGGGUUGAUCUGAGACUUGCAGAUGUCACAAGAAGCAUCCAUCUGGAACAUAGCAAACUGUUUACAUCGGGUCAAAUUAUCUGAUCACCUAGUCCAGUGUUGUCCACUUUGACUGGCAGCAGUUCUUUAGGGUUUCAGGCUGAGGUCUUUUCACAUCAUGUCAGAUGGGUGGGGUACAAAUAAUAAAAUUAUUAUUAUUGUAGUUAUUAUUAUGUGCUCUUUGAUCCUUUUAAAUUUUAAAAUACAGUCGUACCUUCGUUUUCGAACAGCUUAUUUCUUGAACGUUUUGCCUCCCGAACGCCGCAAACACAGAAGUGACUGUUCUGGUUCUGGGAAGCCAAAUGUCCAACCGGGCUUCUGCAGCUUCUGAUUGGCUGCAGGAGCUUCCUGCAGCCAAUCAGAAGCCGCACUUUGGUUUCCAAAUGUUUUGGAAGUCGAAUGGACUUCCGGAACGGAUUCAGUUUGACUUCCAAGGUACAACUGUAACUGGAGAUGCCAGAAUCCAGACCUGGGCUCCAGUACAUGCAACAUGUGUGUUCUGCCACAAAACAGUGGCACAACUCUCUGAUUCUAAGUAAGUCCAGGAUGUAUUGUCUGACUGAAGAUACGGACUUAUGUGUGUGUCUUUGGCUUCAAGUCGUUUGCGCUUUGACCAAAUGAAUAAAAAUGGUAAUGUUGUGCACCUCUAAGACCUGGAUGCUGGUAAAUACGUUUACUUGAAAGCAAGCCCUGCUCAUUUCAAUAGAAAUUAUUUAUAUAUAUAUCCAUUUCACAUAGCUGAAACAAUGUGCAUUCUGCUAUAGGAAGAUCUAAAAAUGUCAGUCCCAUGUGUUUUUGGUUUACAGUCUGUUUACAUAAUACGCGAGUGAUGCUUCUCUCAAGGAGGCAAGUGUCCCUUACAUGUUAUAUAAAUACAGUGUAAAGUGAAACCACGUGGUGGAAAUUUUCAAACCUUCUCAAUGUAGCCGUAGUCAUGGAAGCAGCAGCAAGCACAUGGCUUCAGGUGCGAAAAAAAGAGUUUUAAGCAUGCUCAAGAUCAGUCCUAAAGAUCUCCAUGUCCUUAUGUAAAACCAAAGCAUCCAAAGCAUUUUAAAAAAAGGGAUUAGUAUUUAUGUUACUUUGUACUUGGUAUGGGGUGAGGGGGAACUCUUAAGAGUGAUAUGAAAGGGUGACACAUUUCCAUUCAAAAUGUGUGCACAUUCUUCACUUUUAAAAAGCUGUUUUAGAUACAGGCAAGACUCCUAAGCAACAUCACACAGCUAUAGUCAUCUGAGGAUUGGUGUUUACUAAUUCAAAUGUAUGCGUUAAUUAGCUGAAGAUUGCAAGAAUGUAUGGGGGGAGGGGAUUUCCCCUAAUUCUGAUGAUCAAGGUACUGUUUUCUAGAUUGUUUAUUGUUUUGUAACAAUGGUGGGAUGAUCAAAUGACUGCUGCCAUUCUUAAAAUAUGAUGGCAGUUCCCUUAGAACCAAAGUAUUGUACAGAAAGGGGUGCCUACUUUUUUGAUACUUUGUUGUCAGGGAUGGGGCAUCUGAGGCUGGAAAUCCAAUUCCCAGAAGCACCAGUCGACACAGCAUAUGGUUAGGGAUAAUGGGAGUUGUCAGGGUCGGACAACUUUAGACACCCUAAGCACUCCAGGCAUCAGCAUCUGCAGAGGAUUGAGGGGGCCUGACAGGACAUUGUGAGGAGCCAGGGGGUGGAGCUGAAACCCUCUGAAAAUUGAGGGGACCUGCCCCCCUUUAAAUUGGGAGGAUGGUAAAACUGCCUCAGUUCCUAGGAGUUGGCAUCUAUGCUAAGCACUUAAAGGAUUUUGGGACACACACACACACACACACACACACACACACAAUAAUAAGCCAUAAAACAAAAUUUUGUUUUUCAAAAUAAAACAAAAUCUACAGUAAGAUAGAAAAUAAUGUUUAUUUUUGUAUAUUUGCAUAAAUAUUUAUUUUUGUUCAGCUGCACCAAAUGGCACAUGGUAAAUUUGGCACAUAGCUGUCAACGUUUCCCUUUUUUAAAGGGAAAUUCCCUUAUUCCGAAUAGGAUUCCUUGCAAGAAAAGGGAAAAGUUGACAGCUAUGAUCUGGCAGUGGAAAAUUUUGGUGCUGCCCCCUUCCCUUGAUACCCUAAGCAUGUGCUUAUUUUGCUUAAUGGUUAAUCAAGCCCUGGGUUUCCCAUCUGUUGAUCUUCUGAAGGAGGCAAAAGUCCUUGAGAACAAGAAGUGCUUCUUAAAAUUAAUGUAGAAGAGUUUGGAUUUGGUAUCCCGCUUUAUCACUACCCGAAGGAGUCUCAAAGCGGCUAACAUUCUCCUUUCCCUUCCUCCCCCACAACAAACACUCUGUGAGGUGAGUGGGGCUGAGAGACUUCAGAGAAGUGUGACUAGCCCAAGGUCACCCAGCAGCUGCAUGUGGAGGAGCGGAGAUGCAAACCCAGUUCACCAGAUUACGAGACUACCGCUCUUAACCACUACACCAUGCUGGCUCUCUUUGUGUCCAUCCUUGUUGGCCUUGGCUAUUUUCUUCUUAACAUGCCCUGACAUAUUCUAUUAGCUUCAAAACCAGUGAACACUGGAUCACUGGAGGGCGCCUUAUACUCGGUCAGAUCAUUGAUUCAACCAGCAUAUUGUCUACACUUGACUAGCUGUGGCUCUCCAGAGUUUCAAAAUUUCUCUUCCAGCCUUGCGCAGAACUCCCAGGGAUUAAACCUGGGACCUUGCACCAGAUGCUCAGCCACUGAGCUAUAGUCUUUUCACAAAUGGUCCACGCAAAUUUUCAAAUUGACACAUCCCUGAUUCAGAAAUUGUAUGACUGUUUUUUUCUAGCUGAAUGGAAGUCAAAUGCUCUGGUGAGGUAGUGCAUAAGUAAGAGCAGACCCUGGCUAUGAAAAAAUUCAAGGAAAAUGAGUUACGAGUAUUAUUGGAAUCAGUGCUUUGCAAAGAACCUGACACAUUCAAUAGCAGUGAAGAUUUCUGAGCCUUCAUUGUAUCUGGGUGGGGGGUGUCAAGCAGAUUUUUAUUUUUUUGUGUAUUUCACUAAUCUCCAGGCUGAUUUGAACUGACAUGCUCACUUGUAGGUUUUUGAAAACUCUGCUAUUAAUGGGUCUUUCUUUUUUGCUACUGAACAAAAGUAAAGUCAAGUCGAAAACAGUAGACUGUAACCAAAGCAACAUAACGUGAACUUGAUUUUCCUCUUAUUUUUCAACCUUAGCAGGCUGAAUAAUUUAUUUGACUUAUAGGCAAUUAUAGACUCACCUUACCCUUUUACUAAUCAGGAACAGUAUAGCAGAAGCUGGCUCCCUAACAGGACAUGAAGUAAAUGUGGAAAAUUUGACUUCCCAACUUGAAACAGGAGCUUUAGUGUAUUCCGAUCCAUACCUGAAUGAUAUUAAUUUCUCUUAAGUUUUCCUUACUGAAAAGGUAGUGUUAGCGUCAUUCUUUAGAGGGCUCUCUGUUUUGAGGGAGGGAAAUUGGUAUUACAGCCUGAGUGUACCAUACUUUGUGUAUUUAUGACCUAGGGCUCUAGUUUGUGAUCUAAAGGCUUUUAUUUAAUUAAAUUUCAAAUGUAAAAUUGACUCGGAUCCCACAGCAAUUCAGGUCUAAGGGCUGGCAAGGUCUGGCUGCAAGACUUUAGGUCUGAACAAUCUAGAAGCUAAAAUUUUUAGAUCUGUUUAAAUUUGUGAAGUAAGUGUUCUUGCAAAGUUGGCAAAUGAGCUGAGCUCUCUUGGAAGUAUGUUGCUAAGAUCUGGCAAAUCGGCACCUGAAAUGCUUAUAAUUGCCAGUGGUGUUUACUUUUUUAUUAUGGAGAAACAGAACAGUACAAAGCUAACAUGACCCCUCAGAUUUCAGCACAGGAGCAAGUGGGAUUGAAAACUGGCUAUCUUCUGAGAAGUGAAGUUUUGACGGAUCUGGGUUUUUGUGAUCCAGAAUUACACCCUCAAAUGCAUUCCCGCCCCAGAGCACAGCAAUGCUUUGCGAAAUACCUCCAAUUUAAGAUUAACAUAAGGAAAGCUGAAUUCUGCUGACUGGGAAGAAUUAUAAGAAGAAACUACACGUGAUGUUAAUGAUGUGAGGAGCAAUCAGGAAGGACAUGAGGUGCAUCAGAUGAAGGUGAUUGUCUUUGGAAGCACAGCACCCAGGGAAGCAAGGUUUAAGUCCUGCAGUAUUGAUUUAAAAAUCUCACUCUGUCCUGCUGAGAAGGAUUAAACCUUUUCCCUCUCAUGCUUCAUUCCUGAGGACACUCCACUCCACAACAGGUAUUUAAGUAGUUUAAGAACCUUCAAUGUGACUGCUAAUCCUGUUACAUGUAACAGGGUGAAUCAUUUUUACUUCCUGGUCUAGAGAAUGCAUACCCUCCAACAAUUCUCCGAUGAAAAUAGGGACGUCCUAUUCCAUAAUAAUAAUAGUAAUAAUAAAAAUAAAAAUAAUACCCUGCCCAUCUGUCUGGGUUGCCCCAGCCACUCUGGGCAGCUUUUAACAUAUAUGAAAACAUAAUAAAACAUUAAACAUUUAAAAACUUCACUUGGAUGUCUUCUAAAGGUUGUAUAAUUACUUACCUCCUUGGCUUGGGGGGCUGCAUAACUCCACACCCUCCAACAUUCUCCGAUGAAAAUAGGGACGUCCUAAGGAAAAGCAGGACGUUCUGGGAUCAAAUCAGAAACUGGGAUGGCUUCUGUAAAUCCAGGACUGUCCCAGGAAAAUAGGGGCACUUAGAGGAUCUGGAGGAUGGUGAGGGGGCGGGGAGGUUACUAAGACACCUCCUUUUUUUGCAGAUCACCGUACAGUGGUACCUCAGGUUAAGUACUUAAUUCGUUCCGGAGGUCCGUACUUAACCUGAAACUGUUCUUAACCUGAAGCACCACUUUAGCUAAUGGGGCCUCCUCCUGCUGCUGCUGCGCCGGAGCACGAUUUCUGUUCUCAUCCUGAAGCAAAGUACUUAACCUGAGGUACUAUUUCUGGGUUGGCGGAGUCUGUAACCUGAAGCGUAUGUAACCCCAGGUACCACUGUACACAGGAACAUAUGCAGAGUGGGCAGGUGUUAGGGUAGUCCAGGAUUAUUCAUCUAGGAGGUCAAAAAAAUCUUUGUGCCUGUAUCAUACAGAGCAAAGUAGACAUAUGAAAACUGAAAAUGAAACCAAAGCCAGCCACGGAAGUGAUGGGGUCUGCUCUGUAAAAUUUUAUGUAUGUGAAAUAUUCUGAAAUAAAGCACACCGCUGUAGUCCUAUGCAUCAGCUACAUUCUAGAACAGAUGGACCCAGUGAAUUCCUGGACUGCAACCCUUGCUGUUGCUUAUCUCUGGCCAUAGUGGCUGGAGCUGAUAGAAAUUGUAGGCCAACAACAUCAGGAGGGCUCCAUGCUGGGAUCAGUUGAGAGUUUUUGUAGAUUAGUACUCUAGGGCAAAGAUCCAUGGACCACCAAGUGGUUUGCAAAUGUCUGUGGCAUGACUGUAAAAAUGAUAACGGCAUUUAAGUGGUCCAUGGGAAGAAACGUUUAGGAACUACUAAGUAAUGCUGUAUGAUUCUGCAAUAUGGACACUUUUUGAUCUUGAGAUACAUAACGUCAUAAUACAGCAGCUAAAUGUGUUAGUCUACAAAGGAAUGGACAGAGUUCAGCAGGCUCUAAGAAAUAUCUAUAAAUAUCUAGCUUUGUAGACUCUGUGUUGCAGUACUAAUAUUUUCCUUGAUUUCUGGUUUCCAGACACCUUAUCAAGCCAAUUCAUUCAUUCAUUUUAAAUGUUCUGAUGCUGGUAAGGAUCAGACUAGCGUAAGGAAAGACAAGGUGUCAUUUCCCCCACUUAAAAUCAACAACUGUAAUGCCUUCCAGAAUUUAAUAAUUAGGGAGGCAGCUGCAAUGUAGCGCUUGUUUUGACUUGCAAAACAGCUACAUAUGACUUGGAAAGUAAAAGGAAAUUAUAAAUGGAAUGAAUAACACAUGUUUACAAAUUAACUUUUCAUCGAAACAUUGCUUUAUGGGGUGAUAUGGUUUCCUUAAUUGAAAUACGUUGUUGUUUUCACAUGGGUGAUUUUAAAUGGGGGCUUUAAAAAUUGAGAAAAGUAAAGGAAAGACACCGAGAACACUCUUUAAUAAAGGCAGGUUUAGGGUUAGAGGGUUUACAGAAGUACAAGCCUAAAUCAUAUGCUAGUUGGAGUCUGUACUGGCGGAUUUAUAGAUAUGCACAUUAUGUGCAAAAUUAGGGCUCUCUGCAUCCGACAGCCCCCCAAGUUAUUAGUAUGCAUUGCUUAUUGAGAGGAUACCUUUGGCUACAAUGAUUUACUUUGGCUACAUGGUUGAAUUCUAGUAUUUUAGCUUGUUGCACUAUUUCCACUCUUCAUUUCUCCUAUUCCCUGAUUGAAGUCACUGGAGGCUGCUCCAUUGGGAUGGAGUUGCCAUCACAGUGCCUGCAAAGGCCUUUAUUGAAACCCCAGAACAGGGGUGCCAGAUUCUGAGCUUUCUUUCUUUUUCUAAAAAGUACAUCUCUUGCCUUUCUAGAAAUAAAAUUAUGAAGCAUAAUGCACAGGUACCCUUCUAAGCAAUUUCUGUUACAUGAGCCAGCCUGGCUGCUCCUGCCUUUCAGUGUUUUUAGCCAAUGAGUGAUCAGAGCUGUGAUAAGUGUGUUGUUUGGACACGGGGCAAUAGGAAUCCCUUGGAAUUAUAAUUGUAUAAGUGGAGUAAUUUCACUGGAGCCUGUGGCAUCAGGGACCCCAGACUUCAAGCUUUCAUUUAAAGAAGAAAAAAAAGUCCCUAGUUCUUCUAGAAAGAAAGUUCUAAGGUUGGGGGCAAUGAACCCAACACAAGCAGAGGGAUGAGUAUAAUGUUUUUUUCUGGCUCUGCAGCACAGAACCCUUGAUGGAGAUGGAAAGAAGAUCCACCCUCUUCUGGAUUCACCCACUUACAACUCCAGUUGGCUGCAAUGCUGAUUCCUCCGUUCCUUUCUGGAGGGAAGGAUUUGUCUGAGCAGUUGUCAUGGGACAAAGAUGGAGAGGAGAUGAUGGAUGGGUACCACCUCUUUGGGUUUAGGGAGGAUGUCAGGGUGUGGGAAGCAGCGGCGUAGCGUGGGUUGUCAGCACCCGGUGCAAGGCAAGUAAUUUGCGCCCCCUAACCCGGGGCAAGGCAAGUAAUUUGCGCCCCCUAACCCCUAACCUGCCGCCACUGCCAGCUUCUUCUUGCUGCUGCCUGGGCUGGUCUGGUGUGGUUCUCUCCCACGCUCAGCACUGCGCUGGGCGGCCGCUGCACUGUCCCUCCCCCAGAUAGUCCCUCGCUCUCUCUCUGCACCACAUGCCUGGCACCCACCCCCUCCACAGUGGGCGGCGACCCAGCGGCUCGGAUCGGAUUCGCACAGCCAGCACUGCAGUGAGAGAGAGUGAGUGAGCCAGGUAGGGGCAGAGAGCUGCGAGUGCGAGUGCGCCCCCCCCCAGAUGUUGCGCCCGGUGCGGCCGGCACCCCCUGCACCCCCCACGCUACGCCACUGGUGGGAAGUGUUGAGGCCAUUCCACCUCCUCUCCUUUGGCUGCCCAUGGCAGGGCUUUCUGAAAAGCGGGGAGCUAAAGAUGUCCUGUGAACGUUUGCCUUCUCUUUGCUUUGCUGCCCACGGGCCUCAUGGAAGAAGAAGCAGGUAGCGGCUCUCAGCAUGGGGGAGUUUCAGGGGGAAGUGUGCGCGUUUGUGUAACAGUGGAGGAAGAAGUGCAGGAUCCACCCAUUUCCUGCUCCAUUUGUUUUGCUGCCUGUCAGCCACAUGGAACAGUGGGUAGGCAGCUACUCUUUUAAAGAAGUGUAUGUAUGUUAGGGUGGGAACUAAAAUUGCGAUAGUCAUCUGUUGCUCAUUUUGCUGCCUGCCAGCCAUGUGACAUGCAGCUGCUUGAAAGUGUGUAUGUAGGAACAAAUGUUGUAGUGCUUGUUUGCUGUUAUGGAGCAGAUAAUUAUGGUUUCUAGUUAGGGAUCCAAUAGGGUUUUUUUGUUUUGUUUUUGUUUUGUUGCUUUUCCCAAGAAGACCCACAGUUUAUUGCUGUAGCGGAACAAAUGUCAAUCCACAGACAACCCAAAUGAUGUUUGUUCCAGUUCAGCAGUGAACCACAGGUUUUACCAGUCAACCCACCCCCACCCCAAUCUUGUACCCCUGGCUAGAAAUCACAGGACAAAUGGGCCAUCAGUUGACUAUGAGGGCGAGUGGAAAAUAUGGUAACUUUCCUGUUCCUGUUGCAUGCUGUACAGCUGGGAUGAUUCCAGAACUGUUCGAUGCAGUGACAGGGAACUCAAUGCAAAGGUAUCAUAAUCACCAUCACAUUUCCCCUGACUGUUCCCAGUUUUGUUUUGUGGGGGGAGCCCAGUGCUGAGGCACCACACCUCCUUUUUCUGAAGUUGUUGUUUUGUGGGGUGUAGGGGGCAGCACCAUCAUCAUCACCUUUCCCCAAAUUGUUCCCAGGUUGUUUGAAGAAUGAGGAGCACAGUGCAAAGGCAGAAACAUUAUUAUCAUUUCCUCAUACACACCUAAUUUUGAUAUAGCCACAUUUAUUUGGGUCAGUGUUUCCCAAACUGGGGUCUGCCAUUGUUUUUGGACUACAGUUCCCAUCAUCUCUGACCACUGGUCCUGCUAGCUAGGGAUGAUGGGAGUUGUAGUCCAAAAACAGCUAGAGACUCAAGUUUUGGAAACACUGAUUUUGGUCAAUCAAUAGGACCCCUCGAAAAAGUUGUACACAAGGCCCAUAGACCAUAAAUACAUCACCAUGUCUGCAGAUGAGCCUCUGCCAAGGACCAAAUUGUUAGGUCUAUUUCUUUUCAGGGCAAGGAGGAGUGUGGGGUUCAGAGUGCUUGCAACAGGAGCACCUAGUGCUUUGACCUUGGUUUUAGUAGCUAAGGAAACCUGCACGGAAGUAGCAGAGAUUGAGAGUUCUAGGGGUCAUUUUGUUUAGUUGUUCCUUAUCUAUAAUGUGUCUGAAUAUUUUAAAACUCUAUGAACCAAUUUAGCCUUAGGCUCUAAAAGAAAUCGAAAAUAUAACGUAAUCUUAAAAAAGAUAAUAAAAUACACUUUUCCAGAUAGAUGAGUGUGCAAGAAAAUUCAUUUCUUCCUAGCUCUAGUAAUUUUGGAAACUGAGCAGCUAAAGCUUUUGAUACCCCUUUCAAAAGAUUAGGUAAGAUUAGCCCUGCAAAAGAAGAUAAUAGCAUAAAUAUAGAUUUUGCAAUACUGAAUAUAAUAUAUUACACAUGUAUAUUUUAAAAAGCCCAAUGAAAGAUUAACAUCUAAUUUUAAGGAAAAGAGUAAGGGGGGAAAUAGGCAAACUAGGAAAGCAAUAGGUGUGCAAAACUAGGGGAAAAUACUACUUAAAGCUACUUCCAGAUGAAUCCAUACUUUGUGGGCAGUAUAUUGAGAGAGGGUGAUUAUUAAGAUACGUUAUGAGGGUCCAUCAAAUACCCACAUAGUCCUCAGGAUCUGCAGUUCCCCACAGCACACACACGCGAUAAGUUGUGCAGCAUGUAAAGUCUUUUUGAGCCAGUUAUCAACUGUGAUGUUUGUUUCUAAUUUCUGUUCGGAGCAAAGGGAUGCGAACAAAAACAGACACUGAUUCCUACAUAAGUGCAUUUUAGAAGUUGUGGUAUGACCAGAACGAGAAGGAGAUCAUGUUUUUACCAUUUGUCCUAGCUCUGACAAUUUGGUAUGAUUCGUUCAGCAUUGACUUAGCUCUUGGCGCUGCAUUUCUGGAACUAGUGUGACUUUGCUUUCAGAGUAAUCCACGUUCAACUGAUCCAGGUUGCAGCCAAAUUGUCUUGCUGGCAGGCAGAGGGGCAUGUAAACAGAACCUCUCUUGUGGCAGAUCAGGAAACUGACCCCUAUGGACUCUGGCUGACCCACACUAGAACCACCUGCAGCUGGAGGCAACACUGUUAUGGGAUUGUGGCACACACACAGCCCCAAGUUUAUGGCUUGGAUUAUGUGGGUUAUUCCUAGGGGGCUAAUAUGUGAAUACUUCCACCUUGGACAAGGGAUUAGAUUUGGUGGCCUCUUGCUCCUUUCAUAGCUUUGUAAUUCAAUGAGUUCAAAUAUUGGCAGCAUGGUGCAUAAUAUAUUCAAGCAAUCACAGCUCAUAUAUUUUUGAUUUAAAGUGCCUGAAGAAAAAAUAAUAAUACAUGUAGUCCUUCAUUCCGAUCUAAUUCCCUUUUCUACUUUGUGGAAGUUCUUUCUUUCUCAUGCGUCCCUUAGGAUUCCUGAAGAAGAACCAAAGACGUGUGGGUGAGAGCAGGUUGAAGGUGGGAGAUAGAGAAAGGGACAGAGAGCUGUUUGAUGUUUCUGUCUGUUCCCAGUAACACAAUAACUAAUUCCUGGGGCCUCUGCCCUUUGAGUGUGUAGGAACCAGAGUCCUUGCAUUUAUCUGAGACUUAUCUGUCACCUACCACAUUUGAUAUCUCCAGCCUCUGCUUUUAAUUAUCAUUCAUCAGAAAGAGCACUCAGUAAUUUCAAGAGGAAACUCUUGAGACCUUUGACCUGAGCUUGUCAGAUAACCAAAAGUAUUCACUGAAGAUAAACUAUCAUUUCAUUGGGUUCAAGAUGUAAACAUGUGCACUUUGUUCUGUGUCAGCUUACAGUAACCUCCGUCACCCAGAGGUGGUUGGUACAGACUGGUUUACUUUUCUGCUUCUGCAGAGAAUAUAGUGAGUCAGGUUCAGCCAUCCCCUAUCACAUAAUAUUUAAUAGAUUUAAGAGUCGUAUAAAGCUGUCCUAACAGAAAGCAAGAGACAUUUGUAAAGUGUUAGAGCUAUUAUGCAUGUGAAUUAAUUUCAGGUCUUGCUCACGAUUGCAUUUUCAGAUUUUUAAAAAACAGAUAUAACUACAUAAUAAUACAUGACACAUUAAAAGCUUCCCUAUACAGGGCUGCUUUCAGGUGUCUUCUAAAGCUUAUACUGUAAGUGUUUUAAAAUUCCUGGUUUUAUUUUCUACUUUAAAUUUCCCCAGUAACUUGUUUUUUCAUGUUUGUUUGUUUUAUUGGCAUUUUAAAUGAAUAUUUGAGACUCUGGUAAACCUGCUUAGAGGCCUUUUGUUCUAGUAAGUGACAUUUGAAUUUUGUUGACUGAAAUAAAUAAAAAUAAAUAAAUAGGCAGCAGCCUAUUGUUCCCAUCUGUCUCCUUCCCCAUUCUGUCAUCACAAGACAUCAUUUGAAAUAUUGAUAUGAAUGGGAAGCAGGUAGCUCUGCACGCUGCUCCCAGCACCCACAUCCCGUGCCUGGUCAGUCCCACAUAUUCCUGUGUUGAACAGGGAAGAUCUGAAGGGGGCUUCUACCAACUUUCAGUUGAAUGCAAGUAGAAAAACUGUGUGAUUGGGAAACGGGCUUUCUCAGAUUUCCUGAUUAUGCAUGCUUGUGUUCAAGCAAAUGCAUGCAAGGAGUCCUCUUCAGCCCUACCUGGCUCAAGAUAUAGGAAGGUUGGAAACAUAGGGCAGGACUCACACACAAAAACUUUGCAGGUGAAGCUGGUGCACAAAGCUCUGUGCUUCCUACUCAUGUUAAUAGUUCCUGUUCAGCUCUAAUACCUGAACAGGGUUAAGGAGAAGGCUCCGCUGCAUUUGUCUGAACAUGGUUAUCUCUCCCUGACGUCCCCUGAAAACUUGAAAAGAGUCAAGGAUUGAUUGCCGGCUUCCCUUUGAACAGCACAUAUUUCCCAAAAUAUUGAGAAUUCUGCUGUAUUUGUUGUUGGAACCAUUAGAUAUAUGCAAUACUGAAAGACCAGCGAAAGGACUUGGCACCAGUUUUACUCAUAAAACAUGAUGUGCUCCGUUUCCUUGAACACAUUGAAAAGCAUUUCAGUGCUAAUGUAACAACGUUUUAAUUUCACUAAGACAGUUCUGCAGCUUCUUAAGAGGCAUUUAAGUGUGGUUGUGUCUUUGUAAAGAGGACAAGUUUAUCUCGGUACAUUUUCCCCCCUUCAGUUUCGCAGCCUGAAAUAGAGUUCCCAAAUCAGGUGUUUCCUGCUUCUUUUCUCUCACAUUCCCUAUCUUAUGACAGCAGGAUGACCUAUUUAUACGUGUCUGUUGAAGUUUCUUGUUAGCAAUAAAACCAAACCCUUUAAAAAAUAUUUCAACCCAAGUGCCCUAUUACGGGUCCUAGUGUAGGUUAUUUAGCUCAGAAGCUUAGGAUUCCUUGUCAUGUUGAAAAAAAGUUAACAUCCUUAAUGGAUGGCCGAAUUUAUUUAUGGCUUAGCUAUUCUGAACAGCAUAAAGCCAAAAUUAUUGCCUGACUUGCAUAGUAAUGGCAAAAUAAACUAAAACAUCAAGGAGUGGUUUUUUAAAUUAUUAUUAAAGAGUAUUAGGAAGAUAUUUGGAGGUGUUUAUGCUUAAUGGGUGUGUGUGUGAUUUUACUGCGAAACAUAGUGUUGUGUGCAUUAGUUUCUUUUGACUUCCAAGUGUAUCUUUAAUGAAACCUAACAGCCCAGCCCAAAUCCAAGAUCCACCAGGGUGAGCAAGUUUGGAAUAGGCAGAACUUUGGCUUUCCCAGCUGAGCCAGGGAUAUGUAAGUCACUCAACCUGCUUUAGCAGAAGCUAUGCUGGCUCAGCUGGCGGAACCUACUCUGGUGUAAGUUCCCCCAAAGGCAUUCCAGGGACAUGGCAGGGAUGGGAUGGAACAAGAAGAGUCUUACACCUAUUCCAAACCUCUUUCAUCUCAUUCACAUGACCUGGGAACCUGAUGGAAUAUAUGUUGGUAAAAAGAGGGUACAAUAAAACUCUGUUUUAAAGGUUUGUUUCCCUUUUACCAAGCUUGGAUUAGCUCAGGUGGCAGUAGUCACACUUCUGAAUGGCGUCUGGAAUAGGGGGAACUUACACCAACUUAACUUAAAACCAGCAUUAAGUUCUACUGGCUUCAUAUCCUUUGGAUUGCUCUGCUAAUCUGGAGUCAGGCAUCCUGGUCCAGCCGAGCAAAUCCCCAUGAGAACAGACUUCUCCUACGCACUCAGUCAAUGCAAAUGCACAUCUGGGUGUAAAUUAGUCUUUUGCCCUGUUACAGAAUUAUGCCUUAGCUGGCUUCUUCUUUUCUUCAUUCUCAGAUGCUGCCUUCAGUAAUACACACCAAGAUAAUCAGCAAAUAAUUCCUACAUGUAUACAGAGCAAAACCAAACUCAAUGCCUUAGUUCUUCGGUAACUUUUUAUUUGCCCCACAUUUUUAGGCCAUAUAUUUUUGUCAUAUUUCUUGAUCUCCCUUCAGCUUUCUGCCUGCUGAAAUGUUGAGUGCAAUCACCAUGGGCUUUCCUCUUUGACCUAAUGACACUUCACUUGUAUAAUUCAGGAGUUGUGGUUUGGCUGUUAGUAUAAUUUCCUGUUGCCCUCUUUGUUUAUGUUUUAAAGAAUGUACAAUGAAUCCUGAAUUAACUAUGGGGUAUGCAUUUUUUUUUACCCUUUCAUUGUUUUAUUUUCACAGUUGAAAGGGACAAGGACUUUUCCCACCAACGAAGGCAUUACAAAGAAUUUCGAUUUGACUUGACUCAGAUCCCUCACGGAGAGGCAGUGACGGCGGCUGAAUUCCGGAUUUACAAGGAUCGAAGUUACAGUCGAUUUGAAAAUGAAACCAUUAAGAUUAGCAUUUAUCAGAUAAUCAAGGAGUAUCCAAACAGGUGCCUUCUUUUUCAAAUUAUUUUUCCAUUUGCAGCAACAAGAGAGUUGAAUCUCUUCUUUAUGCGCCUGGGAUGUAUGCAAGUGCGGCAGUGACCUGCUUCAGUUGACAUGGAAAGCCAAACUAUGGCUUAUGAGGACCUCAUGAAUGUGUGGGCUCCUGAAAAGGAGUGUGACUCCACCCCCUUCAAUCUCAAACCUUUAUUGGCAUAUUGAUAAUGUGAUAAGCAGUACAGGGAGUCCAUUGGCUAUUUUUGCUCCUGCGCUGCACUGAUCCAGGCCAAGGUUUGACUUAGCAUACCAUCUAAAUUCUAAACCCUGCCUCAUGGUGAACCUCUCCCCUCAUUUUAUAUGUAAUUUUGCUUGAUGUAAUAUACACAUUUUUAUCAUUUUCUCUAACAUAAUGCUGUUUUGACCACCAUAUGCAUUUUUAUUUAACACACAUUAUUCAGCUGGAGAACUGCAUUGCAAAAUUCUGCAAAGUGCGAAUUUAGAGCAGUAGCUAUAUUUCAGUUUCUGUAUUGUUUCAGAAAGUGAAAAUUGGUUAGGUCUGCCUUUCAAUGUGAACUGAAUCAAAUUCAUUCCCUAUCCCUACUAUUUGUUUACUCCUGAGCAAGUUCUUCUAUGCUUAGUGGUGCUUACUCACAGGUAAGUGUGGAUAGAAUUGCAGCCUAAGUGUCAGAAUUUCGGUUGCGUUUAUUUAUCUGCACGCAUUCCAGCAGAGGAAUACUUCCAUUCCUUAAAUCCUAAGCACACAAACUAGGGAUUACAUUCCCCUGAACACAGUGGGACUUAAUUCUAACUAAAUAUACAUAGGAUUGUGCUGCAUGAGGCAAGUAAACCAGGGUGGAAAUGAAGGGUUGCCCUUUCCUCCUGAAUCAUGUUUUGCUUUAGAAUUUCAUAGUGGUAUGUGGCCGACCUCUGUAAGACAUCAGAACCCUAGACCAUGACCUGGUAUCAUUUCAACAUAAACCACUGACAAGGCUUGUUUCAUGGCUAGGAGAUAGCUGCUGGCAAUUUGACUCAAAGGCAAAUCAGAUAACACAUUUGUCACAUUUUGAUCCUUGCUGGUGCAGACUAUCUCAGGAAAGGUCUGCUUACAGAAUCCUGCUUAUGGGUACAGUGGCUGUGCAACCUAUUCACAAUAUAUCUGAGCAUUACUUAUCAUACUAACUGGAACUGUCAACAUUAGCGACUCAACAUAAAUAUUCAGUUCUGCUCUGUAAGUCACACUCUGUAAGUCACACUCUGCCAAGGGGCCAUGCCAUUCUUCAUGUUCAUCUGGAAUAGUAAACAUACUUAUGAAUGGAAAAAUAAAAAAGGUAUACUUAUGAAUGGAAAAAUAAAAAAAGGUAUUACCUGUGAAUUUUCCUUUAAGAUCCCUUACCUGGACAGAUUUCCAUCCCACCUGUCACUGGCAUUUCUUGGAUCAUGGCAGUGUUUUCAUGUUAAUGAAAUAGUUUUUUCCUCAGCUCGUUAUGAUUCUCCUCAGCAUUUUCAUACUUGUUGUAGUAUGUUGUGGUCAGCAGCUCAGCAUGCUUGUUUGGAGUGGCAAAUUUUAUUCCAGGAGUGGCACUGGAGGAAGGGGUAUCUCUUUCCUCAUAUGCCCUUUUAAAAAUCAUAAUUACCCCCAACAUGGGAUGUAUAUACAAUACUGGCUUAAAACACAGCUAGGUCAUUCUUCAGGACACUGCAGGAUAGAUAUGCAUCAUGGCUAACCUUGUGUGGACACCAGUUCCCAAACUAGGAGUAGGAGUGCACUGGGUGACGAAUAAAUUGAGGUAUGCGUUCCCAAGUGUGUGUGUUUGUGUGUGCCUGCAUGCAUGUGAAUGCAGGUACCCCAAAAAUUCAGCUUUAGAAGGGUGAGUCUGAUCACUAGAACUACCUCCUGAAAUGACUAUGCAUGAGAAAGGACUAAGCACUCUUCACCCUGUGCAGCCAGAAAUCUAGUAAAAAUACAUGCAUACAGAAAACAAUCAGGAGAUUGUGGCAUCAUGUGGAACUUGAGCCCUCACUGAGGUGGUAACUGAACUGUACCGCUUCCAACAGUAGUUGAGGGAGGACACACAUUAUUUAAUGCUUCACACAGAAACGCUCCCUGCACUUAGAAAACAAGCAUGUUUAUGGGAUGGCUAGGCUACAAGCUUGAGAUGCUAGGUGUUUAUGAGGAGCAUGUGAUACCCCUCCUCCAAUCUGUAGCCUGAGGUGGGAUAGCCCAAGCACCGGUUUCUCACCUCAUUAAAAAAAAUAGGCCUAAAUCACCACAGGACGUUGCAUUUUUCUCCCAGGGGUGUGUGCUCAGAACUUAAAGCUUCUGUGCAUAAUUGUUGGAAUAAAUAGAAGCUGGUGCUAUGGCAUUUCAUUUGCCCUUUAGAAGGGGAUGCUAGGCUUUCUGUGAAGUAUGAAGGGGAAAGUUCAACCCAGCUCUUAACACUUAUUCUUUUGUACCUCUGCACAGUGUGUAGUUUCAUUUAAGCCCUGGAGAAAGUCCAUGUGAGCCCAGCAAGUGCCUUUUACAUCAUACCCACACAGCCUGGCAAGUUUGGAAAAAUAGGUUAUAUAGAUCUGGAUUCAAAACAGAGCCGUGGUUCCUAAUACCAGCAUGUCUGUUUUCAGCCUCUACCUGGAGUCUUUUUCUCCUAGUGGUUGGAAGCUUGAACAACCCAUCUGUUGUACUGCUGCCCAGGGAGGGUGCCAGAAGGAAAAUUCACAGGUAUCCAAUUUUCCAAUUUCAUCAUGUAAAUGAUUAGUUAAGUUAACCGUUAUGGAUGAGCAAAUGUAGGAAUUACAUGCACAAUUUAAAUGGCUAGUUUUGAAAAACACACAUUGCCCUGAAAUAUGAAUACGACAAGCCAAGUUUAAUUUAACUGCAACAAGGGAUAUACUAUAUGGCUCAACUCUUAUUUAUUUUUACAGAACCAAGAGCUACAUUUACUUUCUUAAUCUAUACACUGUAUAAGACUUUUGUGUGUGAGUGGAAUAGCUUGUUGGCCAUAUUAAGCCAUGAAUGAACUUUUAAGAUUAGAUUUGCCACAUCCACGCUCCUCACCAUAAGUAAUUUUUAAUGCAAAUAUUCCAUUAGUAAGAAGUGGGCGAAGUGAUGAUCUUUAGGUUUGGUGUUUCCAGAAAUAUCUGUGAGCUAUAGAGCUAAAACAUCUAAACUACUGACCGAGUUUGGAAAAGGUUUUGCUGUUGAGGCUCUAAUGUCUACAAGUCCUAUCUAGAUUAAUUGACCUGAUUUUCAGUGUGGUUUUCAUUGGACCCCACAGUAAACCAAAUAAAUAUAUAACUUUUCUCCUAAUAAUCAUUGGGAGGGGGGAACUGCUCAAAAUACCAUUGGCAUGUUCAAAAGCCUGAUGCGUGCAGGGCUUUUCUGUUAUUUUCUAUGGAUUGUGUCCAAUGACAUCCUUUGUGCACCGACAGAAGGCUCUUUGAUCCAGCAGAGGUUUCCAGCAGUUUAACAGGGAAGGAGGCAAGUUUGAUUGAUUCGUCCCUCCACUUGCAUAUGGUUCUGAAGGGUCCCUCAAUAAUCAUGGAACUGAUGAGGGAGGGGACAUGUGUGGAAAUGCAGAAGGAGUGAGAAAAUUGCCUCCAUUUCACUGAUAGAAGCCUCUGCUCGAUCAAAGAUAGAUGUUUCAUGUACUCACUGAAAUUCUUCAUUGCAUAUAUAUUACAUGGAACUAGCAGAGCACAGCUAACAGACACAAUACAGAAAAGAUUUCCCUUAAGAGAAAUGAGUGUUUAUGAAUCACCGAUGACACCUAAGAUUGAAGUUCUCUGGUUUGUGGACCACAGCCUUUAUUUCCAAAAGAAAUGUCAGUGAUGUCAUCCACCCAUUUUCAGCAUUGCUGUUGCAACGCCAGGACAAACGCUUUACUGGCAGAAGCAAAGUCUAAAUCCAAGACAAAAUUUACUUUUAAUUUCUAAAUGUUAUCUCUUUAUUUUCUAAACUAGGGACGCAGACCUGUUUCUGUUAGAUACAAGACGGGCUCAAGCAUUUGACGUUGGCUGGCUUGUGUUUGACAUCACCGUGACCAGCAAUCACUGGGUGAUUAAUCCACAGAAUAAUUUAGGAUUGCAGCUCUGUGCAGAAAUGAUGGAUGGUAAGCUACAUUUACAUAACUCAUUCCAAAAUAGAUAUUUUUCUUUCAUUUUUUGGUGGUUUUCUUGUCGUUUACGCACUUGUGGGAUGCUCUACAUUUUAGAAUGUGUGAAAGACUCUGUAAACAUAAUUCAUGUGACUCCACGUGGGAAUCUGACUGACAUGUGUAACCACUUACCAUACAGAUCCUUUGCAUCAUGUAUUACUGUGCCAAAGCAGCACAUUUCUGGUGAUGACUGACAGUGGUGUUAUGAAGCUGGUGUUAUAUGUAGCAUAGAUCCCAAGCCAGCAACUGAUUUUGUUGGGUGGCCACUCUAAGGUGCUGGAGGGACAAGACCUAUCCAUGAACUUCUACUCCUGCACAGCAGCCAGCUAGCAAGUUUCAUUUCUAUAAUCAGGCCUCCUUCCACAGAUCUCUUUGCUCUCUUUCUUGGGGCAGGGGAUGGGGAAGACUGCAGCUAUUAGAAGGCCAGGUUUUAUACUGGGGCUUCCAGUUACUGACUCCCUUAUGAACUAUACUAUAUUUACCUGGGCAGAGUAGAUAUCUAUGCUGCAUAAGGUCCAUAAAUUAUACAAAUUUUAUGGAUUGUAUACCCUCUUGUCCUGUGAUUUUAUUACAACCCUCCAUGUGAAGGUCCAAUGGCCACAUGACAAGGAAACCCUACUGGGCUUAACAGCAACUUUCUCUCUCUCGCUUCCUCUUGGUCCAGAUCAUGAGCAACUUGCAAUGUGCAAGGAGGGAGGGCUGAUUGGGAAUAACGGAAAUGCACACAGAGCUCUUAAUGGCCGAAGUAAGCUGGACUGAUUCUUCUGGUAAUGGGGAAAUACUGCAUUUAUUUUACUUACUGAUGUAAGGUCCGCAAGCAUUGUUUAAAAUUUGCCUACAAUUUGCCACCCUGGACUCCUUUGGGCGAAAGGGUGGAAUAAAAAUUAAAUAUAUAAUUAAAGAGGCAAUGCGUUAGAAGGAAUGACCUGACAACACCCUUGGCAUUGGGGUUAGAGAGCCAGUGUGGUGUAGUGGUUAAGAGCGGUAGUCUCGUAAUCUGGUGAACCAGGUUCGCUUCCCCGCUCCUCCAUAUGUAGCUGCUGGGUGACCUUGGGCUAGUCACACUUCUCUGAAGUCUCUCAGCCUCACUCACCUCACAGAGUGUUUGUUGUGGGGGAGGAAGGGAAAGGAGGAUGUUAGCUGCUUUGAGACUCCUUAGGGUAGUGAUAAAGCGGGAUAUCAAAUCCAAACUCUUCUUCUCUUCUUCUUAGAGAGACAGAGCAUCAGAGAUUGUUACAAUCUAUAUGUCUGGAUGACAAAAUUGGAUAGAAAAUGUGUAUAUUAGAAAUGCAGGAAAAAGUGCUAAUCAAUUUUUGUGAAGACUUUUUUGUUUUUUAAUUCAUAAGCUGAUGUGGAACCUUAGAAAACUGAACUUAAGGCUGUAAAAAAUGGGAAAUAGAGAGGAAAACAAAACGACUGAUUUUUCCGUGCUGGUGGUAGUUUUGUCGUCUAACCCAGCAGUUCAUUGGCACAUAAUAUAUUGGAUAAAAGAUAUUUCAGUAACCUUGGAGAUGGUGAACAAAAUGCAGUAGCUCUUUCACCAGUACAACCACAGCUUUUUAAACCCUGAACUCGACGGAACUCAGUUCCAGCACCUCUCAGAUGGGCACCAUUGCCAUUAUAAGGGAGGCAUUCAUAGUGAGCUCCAGCACCUCUUUUUUUAAAAUAGAAAAAUAGCACUGAGUACAACAUUGCAAGUCAUGGUGUUUUCACUGAUGCAGGGAACAAAUGCAGAAUGUCCUACUUUUGCUGCAAUUCAGACAUGCACUUGCAUAAGUCUCAUGUCUGGGCAGUGGCUCUGAUUAGUGCAGGAUUAUGGCAGUGCAACUGAAUUCAUGUAAACAGGGGUCCUUUGCCUAUAUAAUCUAAGUAUUAAUUUAGGUUUCCUGGACAUAGGCAGGAUUCGGCCAUCAGAAACGGUGUGCGGGCGCAAAUCACUUAAAUGUCAGAAGUGCAAAAUUUUUAAAUAUCUCAAAAACUUCUCCUUGCCAAAAAGAAAGUUCACUUAUUGAAAUACGGCAACCCUAAUUAAUCAAUUACAAAGAAAGGUAAUGGCUCAAAGCCCAAAUAAACUCCACUAGGCUAGCUAGGAAUAAGGUCAGUAUAAUAUGUUAGUAUAGAUACUACCAAAGGAGUCAAAUGAUUGCAUUGCCAGAACACAAACUGAAAACUCUAUUUUUGGUUUUGGUGCUACCAUUGGAAAUCCUGACGGUUCAAAUUAAAUUAAUAGACAUAAGAAAACCUCAGUAAAGAGGGAAAAAAUGUACUGUUGACUUUGGUCCAAUGCACAUAGCAAUUGGGCCUGGGCUUGCUGCUUAAAAACUUCUGAGCAGGUUAAUUGUGCUUUAUAACAUGAUCAGAAAAGAUAAUUAAAACUCACAUAUGGAAAUCGCUUGAUCCUGUUGUGGCCGGUGACCCAAGGCAACUGACAAGAAGCUGAACCAGACAGGCAUUUUUGUGAGCCACCACAGAUACACUGGUCCUGUGAAAGGGCCUUUGGAAAAACAACAACAACAUUCCAUCAGUUUUACCUAAUCUUUAAAUGAAAUUUCAAGCAAUUGAAGUGUCCAUUCAUGCAAAAGGGAAACAGAAGCAGAUUCCACUGAAAUAUAUCUGAUGUGGUGCUGGAGGGCUUUUGGUGCUAGUUUUUGUAGUCUUUUGAGCAUAGAGAAACGUGGGUGACAUGAUCUAGUAUGCAAAUAGGCAUGCCCUCUGCUCUGAAUGUAGGCUUUACCACACACCAAGAUCACUGGUUAGCUUGUCUCAUACCGUUGACAAAAGCCAGGGACUGCCUCUUCCAGUUGCAACAUUGUCUGUGUAACCUAGAUUUCAGCCCCAUCACUUUUGCUGUGAGCUUUGGUCCUUAAGUCUUGUUGAAUUAAAACAAAUUCCUUAUGGCUUUCCUUUGGGAUUGUGGCUCUUAACUGUAAAUCCUUUGUUAUACUAGGAGCAGGAAAGAAAAAUAUGUGGUAUGAAAUAACCAUAUAUUGAGAACAUCUAUUCUAUGGGAAAAUGUCUGGUUGUUAUAGUUCAUGUUUCUCCCCCAAUAAUGCUGAGAAAAGUACAAAAGGCCACAUGGCAUUGGAAUCCAUUUUUAAAAAAUGAUAUUUUGUACCAUAAGCAUCAUUUCUGAAUGAAAUGUAGCUGAUUUUCUGCUAAAACCACAUUUUAUAUUGAAUUGUAGGUCCAAAGAGCAACAAAACACAUAUGGAAGCUGUCAACAUACAAUUUAGUUUCCCCAGGGCUGCAGUAAAUUAAGAAAGGAUCAUGUUGUUGUUGUUUUAAUUCUCCCUUCUAAUGUCUGCCUAUCUCUUUCCAAUAAUCCACUGGGUACCUUGAAGUUUACAUUCUAGGCUUUUGGUGACUGAAAACAUUUAUGGUCUUAAAGGAGAGUUGAUGACUCUUACACUGAUACAAGACAUGAGAGGCAAGUUACUGAAUUUCAGUGUAAAAUGUAUGUAGCUUCAGAAAACUUUUUUUUUUUUUUGAGGGGACAGGAGAAAUAUCUUGCACUCCUUUCUCAUAUACACAGAACAUUCUUUAAGAUUUUUGACAUCCUGUGUAUCAGCACCUGUGUUUUGAUACAUAAAAUAGAACAAAAGAAACUGAAGUCUGCUUUUGUGGUUUACGUUUUUUUGAGGUUGUAAGGAAACAACAUGCUUCUGCUGAAAAGCAAUAUGUAUUUUUAUUAUUAUUUAUUUAAUUUGUAUAGUGCCCUUCAUCUAAAGAUCACAGGGCGGUUCACAACAUAAAAAUACAAAAUGAGAACACAAAAUACAUAAUAAAACAAAAACAAUCCAAUUUUCCCUCUCCCACAAGCACAUUUUAAAGUCCGUAGAAUUUUAAUCAGCCCAUGGCUUUAUUACAGAGAAACGUUUUUUGCCUGGUGCCUGAAGAUAUGUAAUGAAGGUGUCAGGUGAGUCUCCCUGGGGAGAGCAUUACACAAGUGGGGAGCCACACAUAAAAGGCCCACUCUGGUGUUGCCGCUAUCCAGACCUUUUGUGGAGAAGGCACAUGAAGAAGGGCUUCAGCUGAUGAUCACAGGGUUCAGGUCGGUUCAAUAUGUAGGAUGAAAUUCAUUGAAAUAUUAUGUUUGUUUUUAAGUCUAGAGCUGUAAGGUUUAUGAAGAUGUGGAUUAGUCCAGGGGUUCCCAAACUAUGUUCCUUCAUUCAUGGCAUGUCUGCAAAAUGGAAAUUAAAAACCAUACAGGAUUUAGCACCGUGCGUUACAGUUCCUGCAACAGGCAGAAAAAUCAUUGAGUUGUCUGCCAAGAUCCCUAGCAAUUAUCAAGUGGGAAAGAAAAGUUUAGGAACCAUUGGAUUAAUCCAUUCCAGUGUUAGCUAAUGGGUUGGUUUUAAUGGGUGAGGCUAAAGGCCAAAGUAGAUGAGUCAAUGGAGAACUGUGAUUGGAUCACCAUGUCUUUGAUUUCUUGUUAAAAGCCACUGUGGGACCACUGGGGAAGGUGGCUAGUCUUUCUCCUCUACCCAUCAUUUUUCUUGAUGAAAAUCACUUUUCCUUCCUGAAGGUGCUGUUUGAUCUGUUAGGAAAAUAUCUGUAGGUGUUCCCUGCAGGGGCAAAUAACAACUUUAAGAGGAGAAUUUUUCACUAGGAAAUUGGUGGGGGGACGGAUCUUCCUUCCCAUUGCUUCCAUAGCUGUAUUUAUUUUCUCAGUCUCGGUCCCAAUCUCUCUCUCUCUCUCUCUCUCUCCAAACAUUUAAAGUAACAGGAGAUCUGAUUACAGAUUUCAAUCAUCUAAUUUGGGAGGCAUCUAAUCUGAGAGUUUCACAGUGUAAGAAUUGUCCCAAGGGAAUGCUGUUGUUGUGAGUUUUCAGUUUUGUUUGCCCCCUCUCAUUUGAUGCUUAUCACACAAAGUAAUUGAAAUGCUGUACAGCACAUUGUACAUUCUGGCGUCUAGGCCUUGUUCUGUUUUAUUUCUGGGUUUUCUAUUUAUGCAAGCCUGUUCCUGAAUGCUAUUAUUUAAUCUCUUGUUUGCAAUAGUUUCUUAAAUACCAGUGUGUUUUCCCCUGUGGAGUCUAUUCACAGUAGCCCAUCAAGUUUGCAUUGUGUAUUUCCCAUUUAUUAUAAAUAGCAAAUUUUCUCUGCAGCCCUGCUGAAUAUACGUCUUAUUCAGUGUAUAAAAGAGAUUGUAAACAUUUGGGGACAUGAUUCAGAUGCUGCUGGGCUCCACUGAUGUAUAGCACAGAACACAACUCUCAAUUAUGCAGUGUAACAAAUGAUUGAGGACAUUUUUGGCUUGGUUUAAUACACAUCAGAAAGUGUUAGUGUGAUCAGUGGGAGACUGGGCUGAUACAGAAUCACUUUAAUACAGAAGAUAACUGUUGUUUAGAUAUAAAAAGAGGUACAUUUGUUUGAAAAAUCACUGUCCUUUUCGUUCCUUUAAUGAAGUCAUUUAUUAAGGAUUCCUGUUUACUUUCCAUGCUAUCAUCUUUUUGUGAUCAUUACAAAUGAGUCAAACUGGGAUAAAAAGCAACACUCCUACACACCAUUCAGAGCUGGAACUGUAUUAAAUUGGAAUGGUGGGUCAAGUAUUUCAUGAGCACAUUUUCUACAAUGAUUACAACAUUUUUCUCUUUUUUAAAUAAUCUGUCAGGCCGCACUGAAAGAAUGUGUAAAACAUUCCCCUGAAAUAUUCAUAAAUCUUUCAAGAGGUUUGCCUUAAAGUGCUUUUCAGAUAUCAUUUUCAGCAUGUACAGAUAAACCCCAAAGCAACUCUGUCAAAUUAAUUCUACUAAUUCUGACCUUAGCCAUGAGAUGGAUUUUUAUUUUUUAAAACCAUUUGGCUACAGUUCAGUCUUAAGAAUUUAGCUCUUUUGACUUUCAUUUUUAAUGCCAAACAAAUGAAUUUUAAAGAUGGGUUCCCAUUCACUAUAAGCGGUGGGAAGGAGAAAUGAGCCUUUCGUUUAUGCACCCCUGACCCUGAUCCCAUGUAGGAAAUAGUAUGAAAUGAGGUGUAAAGGCCCAUAUAACUUCCCCACCAUGAUCUACCCCCACCCUUUGUGGUGGACAGGUUGCAUGGCACAGCUUACACAUAUACGUGCAUCCCACCGUGGCGCCCAUUUGCACUAUACAGUGGUACCUUGGGUUAAGAACUUAAUUUGUUCUGGAGGUCCGUUCUUAACCUGAAACUGUUCUUAACCUGAUACCACUUUAGCUAAUGGGGCCUCCUGCUGCUGCCGUGCUGCCAGAGCAUGAUUUCUGUUCUCAUCCUGAAGUAAAGUUCUUAACCCGAGGUACUAUUUCUGGGUUAGCAGAGUCUGUAACCUGAAGUGUCUGUAACCUGAGGUACCACUGUACAUUUUUAAAAGUACUAAACCACUUUAAACAGUCAUGGCUUCCCUCAAAGAAUCUUGGGAGCUGUAGGUUGUUAAGGUUGCUACGGGUUCUUAGGAGGUCCCUAUUCUCUUCACAGAGCUACAAUUCCCAGAAUUCCCAACCGAGAAGGGAGUUUGACUGUUAAACCAUUCUGCGAACAUGAGCUCUGUCAGGGGACCAGCGGUCUCCUAACAACUCUCUGCAUGGUUUAGCAGUUAGGAGAAUGGAAGUCCCAGUGGCAGCCACACAUAUUUCUAACUAGUUAAUAGCCUGUGAUAUUUAACAAAUGGGGUGGAAAGUGUUGGUGGGAGGAGGCUUCCUUCACCUCCUGGUCCUUCACUCUCACAUUCCCAGCUUUCCCACUCAGCCCCUUUGUUCUCAACAUCUCUCUCCCCUCCCCUGCUAAAGGUGAGAUGGAGCAGCUGGUGAUGCAAUUUCUUUGUCCUCCAAAGCAUAUUUCAGGUGGAGGAAAAUAUGGGGCAGUUUGGGACUGGGCAACAGGUUUCUGCCACACAGUAGAGGAGCUGGCUUGCAGAAGGCUGAGGAGUGGGAAUCAAUCUGUUUCUGCAUUGAAAUGUGCAUUUGAGUCCAUAGUUGUGCAAUUCUAAAACGUUUUUCUAUCAAAAAUUUUAAAUACAUUGGUACCUUGGUUUAAGAACAGCUUAGUUUAUGAACAACUUGGAUUAAGAACGCUGCAUACCUGGAAGUAGGUGUUUUGGUUUGUGAACUUUGCCUUGGAAUAAGAACAUGUUUCACUUCUUGUUGAGUGUGUUCCAUUUGUAAAUUGAGUCCCCUCUGCUAUGGGAAAGAAUGCCUUGGUUUAAGAAUGGACUUCUGGAAUGGAUUAAAUUCAUAAACCAAGAUACCACUGUAUAAUUGUUAAAUUCUCUCUCUUAGUUGAGAACUGUGUUGGAACAUUCAGAGGGCUGGACUAUAUGGCCCUUGGGGUCCCUUCCAACUCUACUAAUCUAUGAUUCCAUGUGUGUGAAAGAUGCUGAAUAACUAAGUUCCAACACAUAUGUGGAUUUUGGACAGUGCAGAUAAGACCAGCUUGCAUUGGAAUUCACCAGCAAUCCAGUGUCCCUAGAGACACGUCUCAAAUGUGUUCCCUCCUUCCUUCCCUCCUCCUGCAGCCAACAUUUGGGUUGGGGUAUGUGAAACAUUUGAAAUUGCAUUGCUGCCUCUCCAAGGUUGGGUCCUGGGUCACCGACAUAUCCCUUUCCUCCUCCCCUGAACUGCUUGCCUUCCUCCUGUUUCUUAUUACUCCAUAACAAAGAUUAUAUGAAAAGAUUAUUCUGGCAUGAUAAUUAUUUGUGCUAAUGCAUCAGUGAAAAUGGUUUCUUUGGGCAACGUCAGACUUACAAAGGCCUAAGCAGCAUGUCAGUUUGAGCUCUUUUAUAAUCCCUGAAGAAAGAUUUACAGAUUGAGGUGGGGAGUUUUCCUUGCAAAUUCCCGAAACGUAUUUUCUUUACGCAUCAAUGGGCAAAAUUAAAUAUAGUGUGUAAUGAGACUAAAUGAAAGAAAUUGGGUUUGGAGUGGAAUUAAAUUAGUAGUGUCAGCUUGGCCUCCCCCCCCCUUUUCUUUUGCUAGCCAAAUGUUUUGAAAAGCUAUAGCUACCUUCAAGUUGUAGAAAGUAUUGGUGAAAAAUGACAAGGAAUUUCCUUCCAUGCAAAUGCACUUGUAAUUUGCAAUUCAAAAACCCCUUAUAGCAGCUUAUGGUUUUCUUUAGAAUCAGAUGGAUAAAGAAAGUUCAUUUUGCCUGUCAAGCCAACAGCUUAAAAAAUAAUUAGAGCUGUGUUGAGCCUUUCAGAGGUACAGUCAAACCUUGGUUGUCGAACGUAAUCUGUUCCGGAAGACUGUUUGACAACCAAGGUGCAGCUUCCUAUUGGUUGCAAGAGCUUCUUGCACUCAAGCAGAAGCCGUGUCAGACGUUCGGGAGCCGAAACGUUAAAAAACGGAGCUGUCCAAGAACCGAGGUUUGACUGUAGUGGGAUUUGAGUGGACAACAGUGGGAAGAAAAAUUAACGUUCGGACUGGUGAAAGUUUUAAAAUUUGGGAAGGCAGAGGAGCUUAUCAGUAAAGAUGAGGGUGGACAGCAUCUUUUCUUAAAACCACAGAGCACUUGCAGUUAGUGGCUAGCCAGGCCACCUUGUUCCUUUCCCAUUACCCCUUCUCUUGGUUGCCACAACAUCAUGAAGUGGUGCCGUUCUAGAUGCUUUGUUUGUGAAGGAGAAGUUGGGGGUCCCCCUUCCGACCCCUCUGAGAAUGUCGCCAAAAAUGUGGUCUUGUUGGUGAUGCUGCAAAACUGAGAGGGCAUUCUUCACCCAGCAGUUAGAAUAAAUUUGUGCACCUAUCAAGAGAAAAUAAAUAAAUUCAUACCCCAUGUUUAUAAAUGGCCUUAUUGGGACAAGUAAAUAAGUUCUAACAUAUUUCACAACUGCAUGACACUAUCCCAGACCUCGCAGUGCAGGGGAAGAAGAAGAAGAGGAUGAGGAGUUUGGAUUUGAUAUCCCGCUUUCUCACUAUGCAAAGGAGUCUCAAAGCAGCUAACAAUCUCCUUUCCCUUCCUCCCCCACAACAAACACUCUGAGGUAAGUGGGGCUGAGAGACUUCAGAGAAGUGUGACUAGCCCAAGGUCUCCCAGCAGCUGCAUGUGGAGGAGUGGGGAAGCGAACCUGGUUCACCAGAUUAUGAGUCUACAGCUCUUAUUUUUUUUAAAAUGAUAUUUAUUGAAAAAAAAAUUUCUUUAAAGUUACAAAAGAAAAACAAAGUAGAAAAAGAGAAAAACAAGCCACUUCCAACCAUACAUAUACAAAUUCAAAAUAAGAGAGGAAAAAAACCACAAAAAUACACCACAAACAUUUAAAAACAUUUAAAAACAAAUCCAUUAUUCUCAACUCCUCAACUAUCAUUACCCUCUUUCCUUGACCUCCUCCUCCUCCCCUUCCUUGUAUCCUGGUUGUUAAUUGUCACAGCAAAUCCUUUCCAUAUUUCAUAAUAUUCUGUCAUUACAUUACCUUAAACUAUUUUAAUCUUAUCUUACUAUAAAAACCUUGAAACUUAAAACUUAAAUCUUAUUUUUACCAACUUCUCAUAACCAUAAUAUUCUUGCAUAAUUCUUUAAACAUUUUUACUAAAGCCAAGUAAUUUCAUUCCAACAUUUUUCUAACAUUCAUCAAUUUUGUAAAACAGUCCUAGUAGUGAAAAAGAGAAAUAAAAACAAAUCCAAUCUUCAUCCAGCGUCCCUUCCUCCUGGUCCCGGGUUUUGUCAGUCCUUGUUAUCCCAUCGAUCUGGCACAUUAACCUGGUAUCCUAAUAUCCGAGGCCCUUAAGUCUCUUCCAUGUCCCUUCCGCAGCUCUUCUUCAUAUUUGUAACUGUAUUUUCCCUUGUCUCCUGCUCGUUUCACUCGUGGGAACUCCAGCUUAGCAAUAUUUUUGACCCUUCUCGACAGAUCAGCCCCUUUUCCAUAAUCGACACUAAAUUCCAUGUGGUAUUUAAAAACAUGUUUCAAAAUCCCUCCAAAAUUGAGAGCCCCCACAAUCCCAAACAUCUCACGGCCCAUUGCCAGACUUGGAAAGUCCAAACAUCCCUGCAUAGGAGGGUCUAUCCAACCCCCCAUUUCCAAACCAAACCAAACUUUUUCUUUCCAAAUCUGGCUUUUUCCAAGUUCAUUUAUCAAAUCCGAAAGUUCAUAUUCCUGUUGGGCCUGUUCUGUCAGGGCACACUCCUGAUUUAAUUCCUGGGUGGGCUCCACAUAUUUUCCCACUGCCUGUUCAAAAUUUCCCACUGCCUGUUCAAAAUUUCUAAUCGAAUCAGCCAUCAAAUUCGUCUUCUCAUGUAGCUGUUCCAGUAGGGCAUUUGUUUUAUAGAAAGCACACAACAGAGCUUCUGAAUACAUUGUCCUGAAGGUCAGAUGUCUAUUCCCACGAUUGUAAUCUGUAACAGCUGCCAGCUCCCAGGAGUUGGUUACAGUUUCACAGUCUCCCUCUAGGGGGGAAAACUUCUAUUGAAUCUUUCUUGUUACAGACAAGUCUAGCAACAGAGUUUCCUUUUUUCAGAUAUUUUGUCAAUAUUUGUUCCUUUAAGGUGCGAAAGGAAACAAUGGAAUCACUAUGUUUCUCUUCUUUUAGCUAUCUGUCAAAAGCGUUUGUCUCUGGUCAAUGAGCUUCAAACGUCAGUCCUGACACCCCGCUCCAGGGUCAGGACGAUGGAAAGUUACUUUACUUUAAACUCACUUCUGCAGGUUUAAACAGUCCAGAAAAGAUCCCCCUUCUUCUCCUGCUGCCGAAGGGGGGUUCAACAAUUUUAAAUGAUGAAAGCCAAUCCUUUAAAAGCGAUUUUCUGAGCUCUAGUUUACGUUGUCUUUGCUUUAUUCUGUCUACAAAGAAACGGAAGGCUGACUUCCUGUUUAGACCUUCCCGUUUCAGUACCAAAUUGAAAUAAAAUUUUUAAGUCCAAUUCCUUUCUGGUCGCAAGUCCUUAUUUAAAGUCCAAUUGUUCAAAGUUUAAGUACUCACGGGUGCUUAUUUUAGAAGCCAAAUUGUCCCAGGAAAAAGGCAGCGCUCUCCGGCAACGGCUGUGCGGCUUCGCUCCACGGAAAUAGCAGUUGACUCACAGCACCGCGCCACUUCCCCCCUUCGCUUCGGAGCCCGUUAGUGGGUUCCUUUGCGGGUUGGGGGGGCGCUAAGGGUGCCCGCCGAGUCCCAUGGUCACAGGCUUCAUCCGCCUGUGAUUUUUAAAAGGGUCCCCGCUUCGCCGUAGUGGAAAAGACCCGUUUCGCACGGAGCUAGUCCCUCCAAUUCAGGGGGAGUCCGCCAUUGCCGAUGGCGCCACCCCGGAAGUCCACGAGUCUACCGCUCUUAACCACUACACCACGCUGGCUCUCUGGGACAGGCUGUGACACACUGGGACAGGCGGGUGUCAGAACACUGCCUGGGGGAGCAUGUCACUGCCUCUCCCCCUCUCCCCAGAUAUGUGUUGCUGUCCAGAACACAUAGAGCAUUUACUGCAUCUCAGCCCUGUGGUGUAGCAUGGGGGGGGGCACAGCGGUGAUUGCCCUGGGCGUAAAAUUGUUAGGGCUGCAAAACUUCAGCACCUUGCGCUGCCUCAAUACAGCUGUGUGCUUCCGUCACUGGGCUCUGUUGAGAACGACUUCUCCAUGUGAACCAGGAAGUGACCUCUCUAGACAACAGAAUGACUCUUCUUUUCUUAUAUCUGUGCUGUGAUCUCCUGGGUGAUGUGAAUAUGUACUCCAUCUGUUUCCCAUCCAUCCACUGCCACUGUGUGGCCCUGGUUGCUGGCAACCCAUGCUAUGCCACUGUCUCAGCCACAGCAUUCCAGGCAUCAGGGUGGGAAGGAGAAAGAGGAGAGCAGAUCACUGUCAGAGCAGCAGCCAAAGAAGUAAGGAGGUGGGCAUUUUUUUUGAGUGGAUGAGUGAGAAUGAGUUCUCUGCAUUAGCAUCUAGACUGGAAAGAAACAAAAUUUAGAGCCGUAAUGCCUGCCUUGCAUUUAAGGUAAUCAUUACAAGUUGCUGUUUUUUAUGCUUAGCCAAAGCAAUAUGAACUUUAGCAACGUGAUCACAAGUUUUGGAAAGCUUAUGCAAUUCUGUAGUGGGUGACUAAUUGCAAUAUCCCUCUCCACAGUGGCCAUGGCAACUCAGUGUAAAACCGGGUAAUUAGGUCUACUGAUUUCAGAGUGUGAUGCACGCAUGAUUUAGCCAUCAAUGCAGAAGCUAGUUAAAUAAGGCAAUCUUGUACUCAUUUACCUGAGAAUGAACCCUAUUGAACUCAGUGGGAAUUUAUUUUUGCCUAGACACACAUAGACUUGUGCUCUAAAGUUUCUUGGGCAUAACCUGUCAUCUCCUGCCAUUGUGACCAAACACAAUUUUGGCAUCUUUCAAACAGCUAGUAGUUUGGGGUGAGUUUCUUAAAAGAGAUGAUUUGAUCAGGGUUGCUUUUGAAAGAAAGAAUUUUCAUUAUCUGUGGAAUUUUGCUACCAGAAACGCACAUGAAGUUGUGUGCCAGAAACUCAUCGCCCCCCCCCCCCGUACACAAGGCCCUUGUUUUCCACACUUCAAAUAUGCCUUCCAAUGUGUGGGGAGGACUCUCCAGACAUGGGAAAGGAUGGAUUGCAGCAAAGACUCAACUGCUUUUUCGGACACUGUCUAGUGGAAAUCUACAAACGAAACACAUAGGGUUUUUUGUCAAUUAGAAUCCCAAAAUGGUAGUACAUGUGACUCCUGUAUGUGCUUCCCAGAUCUAUGUUGCAUGCAUUAUUUUUAUCUGAGCAAGCUGAAUUUGAUUAAAAUUAUUAGCAAGCAUUCCAUAAUCAGAUGACUUAAGCACACUGACUGAUUUAUACACACUGAUGGCUACUUUAGACCCACCCAGGUGCCUCAGGCAAGCCCCAUUCGGUUUAACAUUUCCCCUUUGAAUAGCAGGCUCAUGAUCACAAACUGUUUUUGAAAGGCUCUCUGGUUCGAAAGAGGUUUGCUAUGUGGCAUGAGGGUCUGCUGCUCAGAAAACACAAGCCCCAAACUCCCUUGGGUGCAUGGAACUAGUUGCAUGGUUGUUUGGAUCCUGGCCAUAAUAAAUAAGCUGAGCCUUCAGUUAUGAAACCACUAAUUUUGUAGUAGUUUUGAGACCAAUGGGGCAAUUCUGAAUUAAGUGCUUUGAUGAUUGUAACAUGCUUUUUUCUCCAGAAUUAUCAACUUGUAUAAUGCUAAAUUUACUUACGUGGAGCUAUGUUGAAUGGUAGUCAUUGGGAGUUUACUGCCGAGCAAACCUUUUGAAAUAUAAAUGAUUAUUUAUUGGUUUUUUUAUGUAGAAAAAUAGAAGUGCUCAGCCAUAAUUCUAUGGUGAGGGGUGGGGAAAACUGUUUCUCGCAGCUUACCUUGGCUGUUCAAAAGAUCAAGUAAACAGCAGAUAGUCACAUAAAUUGCCUCUGUGUUCAAAGGGUAUUUGGGCUUAGACUAAUUUUUAAGAGUAUCUCUGUAUAUCUUGAGGACUUAAGUAAACCUUAGCUUGUGGCAUCUAAAUAGUCAUCUCACUGCUGAAAUCUAAAAAGAAACCGACAGGAAACUUAAUAAUAUUAAACAUUAUUUUAAAGGGAGUUCACUUUGGUUUUGAAGGUUCAACCCCCCCCCCUUUUGCUUCUCACACAAAAAACACUUUUGUAAAUUCAGAAAACUUAGGUUGUGAGAAGCAAAAGUGUGUGUGUGUGUGUGGGGGGGGGUGAUCCUUCAAAACCAAAGUGAACUCCCUUUAAAAUAAUGUCUCACACAUACCUUUAUAGUAUUCAGGACAUAUACAUCUAAUAGAUUUCCUGAAAUGUCUGCCAGUAAGGUAUUAAUCUUUUAUAGGUAAAAUAAAAUUAUUGAAAGUCCUUGCAACAAAACAGAGAGUCUCGUCAGAAGGACUCCUAGAAAAAGGAAGGUAAAUGUGGAACGCUGUGGUUUGGUCCAGGUUGUAAUAAUCUGUAAAAGGUUUUCCAGAUCCGACUUGCUAAAGACUUUCCCAUUCAACAAUGAAUUGCACUAUAUUAUUUCACAAUCAUUUAAAUGAAAUUAGAAAUUGAACAAAUACAUAUUUUCCUUUCCAGACUCUCCCCCUCCAUGAAGCAGCAAUUAUUUCAUAUAUAUUUUUUCAUAAUAUGUGGCCACUCCAUUCCGCUCCCGAACUGCUUAACUUUCUCAGUUCUCCUUUUUUCACCUUUGCUGGUUUCUCUGUCACUGGAAACAUCUUAAAGCAAUUUAAAGUGCUACACCUGAAUAAACAUGUUGUAAAAGUGUUUAUGUAUUGAAGUGGGUCAGUUCAAGGUACGGUAUUUGGCUGCGACUUCUAAUUUCUCUUUUUUACUGCAAAAGGGCUGCCAGGAGGAGGAAGUCUGAGCUGAAUUAAUACAUUUGUUACAGUGGAAGUAGAAUGGAAACUGCCUUAACCACAAAUCAAACUGCCUCUUUCAUUUACGCCAAUGAUAGAAGUUUUUCUAAGAAAUAUAGACCCUGGCAGAGAGCCACUGUAAGUUUGCCUUUAAAAGGGAAGCCUAUAUGCUUAUUUGUUUAAGGCUUACUCCUAUGACUAUUAGUAAGUUCUUUCUCAAGCGAGAUUGAGUUUAAUGGCAUGAUACAUUUGCAAGGCAGAUGCUUCUUUCUCAGAGGAUUUUAACCAUUUCCCAUCUCCUACUUUGCUAUAGAUCAGAGGGACGUUGCUGCCAACCAGGCUAGCAAUUCAGAAUUUCUUUUACUAUUUUAAGGAAUUUUGUACGCUUUCCCCUUGUACAGCUGCAUAGCUUCACAUGACACUGUCUCGGUUUCUGGCGGAACGAAGGGUUCUGCAUAAUACGUGGAGACACAAAGGUGUUCGGGCUGCCAAAAUAAAUUCUGUUAAGAGCUGGGGGCUUAUUUGUUCGAAAUUCAUAUGGAUGCAGCUUUAGUGACUAGCUCCCCCCCCCCUUUUUCCAUUUUCAACGCCUUCCUCCAACACUCCUCCACCCCCGGUUGCCCCGGAGGGUCACAGUCUAUAAUCUAGUGUAGUGCUCAAUCCUGACUGAACAAAUAUUAUAGAGAAAUAUGUACAUCCCCCUGGGAGUAAAACUAGAGUCAAUCAUGUACAUAUUUCAACCUCUAUUAUAUAUUAUUCCUUGAAAGACUGAAGCCUCAGCUGUACCUAUACUUAAGGCUUUUGGUGAAAUUUGAGUAAUGCUUUGAAAUUAUUUAUGACUCGAAGUAUAAAUAUGUAGGAUGCCUGCCUUUCUCUUUCGUAUUGAUUUGUGUCGAGUAUACAGGAUUCCCCAUCUGCCGUUCUUGUUUUUUUAAAUUAAGAGGAUAGUGGCUUUAAAACAAAAGUUGACUACUUUGCCAUCACAAUGUGGGAUUCUAAUACACACAACAUUCUCUUCUAGCGCUACACCGUUUUCAAAAUAGGUGAGGCUAUUCUAUGUAUGUCUAGCAUAUCUGCCUUUCACAUUACAUUUCAGUUGAUGGAGCCUGAUGAAGUGGACAAGGUGUUUGCAAUGAUGUGAAUAACAACAUGUUCCCUUCUCCCUCCUGGCUUAUUAAAAGCUUGCUGAGGUGGUACAACCAGGUGGAUCCAAGCUGUGGUCAAUGUAUACUUGUGGGAGGGAGUGGUGAUGCUACCAUACCUGAGGAAAAAAUAAUCAAGCCUGGGCCCAUUGGUUUGAGACAAUGACCCCCCAGUCAUGAAUGGUCCCUUUUGGGGGAAAGGUGGUGGCUCAACAGUUGCAAAUACUUUGGGAUGAAACUGAUUGCGGCCACCGGUGGGCGGCCACCAAGACCAUAUAACACCGGUCUUGAAAUACCUACAUUGGCUCCCAGUACGUUUCCGAGCACAAUUCAAAGUGUUUGUGCUGACCUUUAAAGCCCUAAACGGCCUCGGUCCAGUAUACCUGAAGGAGCGUCUCCACUCCCAUUGUUCUGCCCAGACGCUGAGGUCCAGCGCCGAGGGCCUUCUGGCGGUUCCCUCAUUGCGAGAAGCAAAGCUACAGGGAACCAGGCAGAGGGCCUUCUCGGUAGUGGCGCCCGCCCUGUGGAACGCCCUUCCAGCAGAUGUCAAAGCGAUAAACAACUACCUGACAUUCAGAAGACAUCUUAAGGCAGCCCUGUUCAGGGAAGUUCUUAACGUGUGAUAUUUUACUGUAUUUUUGGUUUCUAUGGAAGCCGCCCAGAGUUGCUGGGGAGGCCCAGCCAGAUGGGCGGGGUAUAAAUAAAUUAUUAUUAUUAUUAUUAUUAUUAUUAUUGCCUUGACCUGUUCCAAUUGAGGUUCAGGCCUGGUUAUCGAUAGGUCUUUGUCAUCUUGGGUGACCUUUAUCGGGAGAAGGACAGAGAGAAUGCAAGCCCAUUAUUCUUACUUGAUCCCUCAGUAGCUCUUGAUACUAUUGAUCGGGGUAUCCUCUUGAACCAGCUCUGUGAGAUGGGCAUUGGGACUACUGUUUUACAGUGCUUCUGGUCCUCUCUCUGGGGUCAAAUUCAGAGAAAAACAUUGGGGAGUAUUUCUGUGGGGUGCUGUGAGGUACUGCUGGGUACUAUUUUGUCCCCGAUGCCAUUUAACAUCUCCAUGAAGCCAUCCAGGGUGGUUUCUGGGAGAUUUGAGGUGAAGUGCCAUCAGUACACUAAUGAUACACAACUCUGUUCCUCUGUAACAUAUAUCAGGAUAACAUCUGUGUAAGCGCUGGACCAGUGCCUGGAGUCAGUGGGGAGCUGGAUCAGGGCCAACAAACUGACUGUGGUUGCUGGCAAGAUGGAGGCACUGUGUGUAGGCAGUCUACUCUAGAUAGCUGUUACUCAGUGCUACUUUGAAUAUAGCACAAUAAUAAUAAUAAUGCUCCAGAGUUGUUAUUCUAACAUGGCUCCUUCACCAAUUGGCUUAGCUUAUUCUGUGUUUUGGUAAAUAUGCUUAUGUUGAUUUAUUUUGCAGGUAGGAGUAUCAACGUGAAAUCUGCUGGCCUUAUAGGACGACAUGGUCCUCAGUCAAAACAGCCAUUCAUGGUUGCUUUCUUCAAAGCAAGCGAAGUCCUUUUUCGAUCUGUCCGAGCUGCCAACAACAAAAAGAAAAAUCAGAACCGCAACAAAUCCAGCACUCCGCAAGAUUCCUCAAGAAUGCAGAGUGUUGGGGGUAAGACAAAGAAUGCAUAAUAUCUACAGAACAUGUAGAGAACACACAGGACAUGUAAAUGACACACCCCACAAAGAAUGGGAAGCACAGAGGUCAUGUUCACAUGUUAUGGUAAGCCAUAAACCAUGGUUUACCACGAUUAGCAGAUUGUUCCAUCUUUCCUCCUCCUGGUUCAUGUUUGGAGGGAAAAGCUACAACCCUGAACCUGGGUUUGUAGUUUGUUUUGCUCCAAACACGAGAUUGCAUGUAGCACGAUUGGUAAUUGGUUUACUGACCAUGAUUCGUUGCAGUGAAACAGCCGACAUUCCCAGGUUUGCACGUAACAGUAAGCCAGGGUUGUGGCUUUACCCACCCAGUACAAGCCAGACGGAGACAUAUAGACCUCUCAGGCACAAGUGAUUGUGCAGUCAAACUCAUUACUUUAAACCAGGGGUGCAUUGCUUCCCAUAGAAGCCAGUGGGGUUUAAUCACAGAAGUCAAUAGAGUUUAACCAGCCUAAAUGUUACUCUAAUGUUUCUCUUCUCUCCCUCAUACAAUGCAAUGAGUUUCCCCAACUUCCAUGAUGUUGUUCUGUUACCAAUAUUGCAGCCAUGUUUUUUAAAUGAACAGAAGUAGCUCUUUCACUGAGUCAAAUAUUCAUUCAAAAGCUGUAUUUUAACAGUGUAAAUUUCAUUCUAAAUACAGACUUCCAUUGAGAAACAAAAGCCUAACUUGUUCUGUUUAUUGAUGUGGGACAUGCUUAAUAGUGCAAUUCUAUACAUGUCUAGUCAGAUAUGCAGUACUUACUCAUAGGUAAAUGUGCACAUGACUGCAGCCCAGAUGUGUAAUAACUUAAUUAAACAUGCAAUAAUCCUUGGUAUAUAGACAAACUCAAUCCCAUCUUAAAUAUUUGCUGCCCGCCAAUGGAUACAUUUAGGAGUUUUUAUAUCCGAUUUCCUUGUUCUCCCUUCAAAGUAUUUUUCUACUAAACCUAAUUCCAGUUCCUAAAUUAUUUGGGUAUAAAGUUUAUUCAGCCACAAUAUCCCAAGAUUUUGAUUUCUAGCAGAAUAAGCACAUGGACCUUGAAUCCCUAGUCAGUGAAAUUAGAUCUUUGGCACCAGAUUCUGUAUAGUAAUGUCACCCUAGCCACUUACCAUGCAAUGUAAUAUUGCAUCCCACAUUUGUCUCUACUAACAUGCAGAAAUGUAAGGAAGGAAUAUGGAUUUAAUUUAGGGAUUUUUUUUGCAUUCUAAAUAAGUGUGUGAUCAAAUUCUCCCCCGUCUUCCCCCUGUGAUUGGAUAUUGAAUGCCUAGUUUCACAUCAAGUGUGCUGAGGCUUUUUUCACAUCUGGGCAGCAGUCAUCUGUUAUGAAAAUGCUAAAAACUAUUUUAACACUGUGGAGAAAGUUGAAAUGAUACUUUUACAUAUAUUAGAGGGGUUUGGGUUUGGGUUUUGUUUGUUUUUUUGAAUAAAAAAUCACACAGAGCUCAUGGGGAGAUGGGGACUUCCAAAAAGCUGGUGAGACAUUUUUGUGUUUCUGGUCUAACCCCCCCCCCCAAAGCAGCCAGCAAAUAGAGCACAUUUUUCUCUCUCUCCAUCCUGUGUGCAAGAUUAAUAGACAGGCCUAUUCUGGAAAAACUCUUGAGCAGAAAUCAAGGAAGGGAAGCCCCUCAAAGUAGACAGAAUUACUCUUAUAAUGGUAGAAAUGCUGUAAUGAUUAACAUUAAGAUGCCAAAACAGAAUCAGUAACCAAGUAGAUGUUAACAUGGUUGGACACUGAGUGGGCACAAAAUAUGCAUUGACAUUCUUAGAAAAUCAGUUCAUGAGGUAGUCUUUCCUUGAUGUGUCUUCUUAUAAAAAAUAAGCUAGAGACUUAAAACACUCCUUUGACUAUGAACAUUCUGGAAAACUGAAAUCAGUAGAAGUGGAAGGUAUGUAACAUUUUAUACCCAUUUCUCUUAACGGUCAAGGUUAUUAACUCAUUGUAAAUAUGGGGAAAUUACAGCAAUAUUAGUACUACAGGUAUGGUGCAGGACACACAGAACAGACUGGGACAACCAGAAGGGUUUGAGAAUAAUGUUUUCACUGUAUUAAAUGCCAAUAGACUAAACUAUACGAGUAGCCAGGGAGGCUUGUCAACAAAGAUACAUGAUGUUGAUGAAGAGCCUAUAGUUCUUUCUAUUAUAUUGCCGUUUGCAUCAUGAAAACUACCCUAUGUCUGUGUGCCUUGAUCACAAUGAAACUUUUUGCAGGUUGAGGAAAAUCCAUCAUGCUGCUUGCUUUUUGGCAAGGGGAGAUAAUUAGCUACUGUUUUUUAAAAUAAAACAGGCAUGCAAUUACAAUUGAUAUAUCAUAUCAUAGCUGGUUAUGGCAGCAGUCAGUGCCUUGCCAGACAGCAAGGUACUGCCCAUCAGGCGGGGCCUCUGAUUGGCCCAUUUGAAGCUGGCAUUCUGGCGGGAAGUCCUGCCCUGAGAUCCUGCCAACUAGGGGAAUUCCCAAAUGGCUGGCAAACACGCGCAAGCUAAUUGCUGGGAUGACAGCAGAGAGUGAGGGGCCGCAUCUGCCACCCACCUGAAAAGGGUGAAUGCCCAUAACUGACAUACUUCAGUGGCAGGUUUGUUUAGUUGCUAUUAUACUCCCAUCCAAUGAGUUCUUUACAACUGAGCCUCUUGCCUGCCCCGGGUUUUGAGGGAAAAUGAGGCUGUAAUCUUACAUCUACUUACCUGGGAGGAAGCUCCAUUGAACUCAGUGAGAUGUACUUCUGAGUAGACAUGUAUGGGGGUCUGCUGUUAAUAUAAUUCUUUUAAAGCUCCUCUGCUAAUAUUACGGUAGUCAGUAAUAGCAGCAGUCAGCAUGACAUGCAAUUACCUGAAACACUUCAUAUAUCAAAAGCAGGUUUCCUAUUUACUCAUAUCAAGAUGUUUGUAAUGUCUAAGGAGGAAAUAAUGAAUGCUUUGAACCAUAGAAGUAUUUAUACAUUUUAUUUCCUUUCUGCAGAUUACAACACAAGUGAGCAGAAACAAGCCUGUAAAAAACAUGAACUGUACGUGAGCUUCAGAGACCUAGGCUGGCAGGUAGGGGCAAUGAUCAAUCCUAUUUUAGACAGCAAAAAAGAAUAAUAAUGGCAACUGGUGCUUAGGAUUCAAGAGGAGGGAUGUUAAACAUGAAUCUUUGCAACAAAUCUUGAAAUUCAGUCUAUAACUCAUUCCGUAGUAAUUAUGCUGGUUUUGGUGAGCUGCUAAAGGAAACUACCUGAUCAAUUUUCAGGUAAUCUAAUUAUCCCAGAUUAAUAAAUAUUGUUUCAUGGAAAAUUGAUAUGCCAACAAUUUAGAGACAGGAAAGUAGUGUUGGACCUCACUCUGUCAGCAGUGUCCCUUGUUUAUUUCUAAUAGUUUCAAAGCAAGGGUCAGUAGCUGCCACUGGGGUUCUGUUGAUCUGCUAGCUUCCCAACACCAGUGUGGUAUUGCUAGACCAAGCUGUCUGCUACCUUGCCCCCCCCCUUUCAGGGAUUGACAGCAAUGUGCUGCUAGCAGAGCAGAAGAUCGCCAGUACAAUAUUUGUAAAGUUCAUACAUAUUAAUCCACUGACAUCUACCCAGGAUCUGGAAGAGCUGGGACCAUUACUGUAUACCAGGGAUGUCCAACAGGUUGAUUGCAAUCUACCGAUCAAUUGCAGGUCAUCCUUGGUCGAUCACGUGAUCCUGAUCGAUCCCGCCCCCACAACAACUUUGGGUCUUCCUCUCCCUAAAAAGCUCAACAACUUGGGUCAUUACAAUGGAUCACAAUAGAUCACUGCCAUUAUUAUUAUUAUUUUGUGGGAGUAGAUCGCAGUCUCUUGGAAGUUGGACAUCCCUGCUGUAUACAUUUCUGGGUGGAAUUCAAUAUUCAUUUGUCUUUGAUUUUUUUCUGUUUGAUUUUUUGUGUUUGAUUUUUUCUCAUUUAGCACCUCAACUUCCUUAAAGUAUCUCUCUUACCUGCAAAGUACUGAGUUUGUACUUAAAAGUUCUGUUGUUUGUUGCCUAGGAUUGGAUUAUAGCUCCAGAGGGCUACGCUGCCUUUUAUUGUGAUGGAGAAUGCUCCUUUCCUCUCAAUGCACACAUGAAUGCAACAAAUCAUGCCAUAGUGCAGACUCUGGUACGUAUGCCUCCCUAAAUGUAAUGACUGCCAUCCAGGAACAGAGGUGGAAUUAUGUCUGAAUUGAACCAAUGGAAUGUAAAUACAUUAUCUCAUAGAUAUCAGCUACUUGCACCAGUCUUUCUCCGGAGACAAUGGAAGUGUGUGCCUUCGGGGGUAAAGUCAAACUGUUGGAACUUGCAGUGCCUGCUGUGGCUGUAGAUGCCAAUCAAGUUGGGCUUAUGACUUGUAACUGUUGCCUCCUGCAUUAUUUUUGCUGCAUUUGCAGCACCCAAGUUGGCACAAGCCUUGGCAGUCCAGACAGCAAGACCCCAUUCUCAGCCUCACUGAUGCUGCCCAAAGAAAGGAAAGCAAUACAUUUGGCACUGGAUACCAGCGGGGCUUUGCUUAAGUGUACUUAAGUGUAAGAAUAUUAUUUGGGAGACAGCAUCCUACACACACACACACACACACACACACACACACACACAGGCUUUCUGGGCUUGCCCUUCUUUCUUUAUAUCUUCCCCUGCUUCAGUAGUUUUCAAUGCAAAGGCAAGAAAAUAUCCAGAAACCUCUCUACUGGGCUAACAUUUCAUUCCAAGCAGAUUAAUAUUUAAAACAAACCACAUAAUCAUAUUUCUGUAAGAAACCCCUGAAGCACUGUUAUACAGUAACAUUCCCAUGAUAUUUUAAAAUUUUGACUCGGUCGUUCAUUUUCAGGACCAAAAAACAUGUACCUGCAUUUCCCACCCCAACUGCAGAGCUGAUAACACUUUUAGUGAGUGGAUCUAUUUAGAACUAGAAAAAAGGGAUCAAAGGGAAAGUUACCCUCUUCCACAGCACCUUGUUCCAGCACAACCCAGCUUGCUUUUAAACUUGCAAAAAAAAAGUGUCCUGAGAUCUGAUCAUGAAUAUCUUGCCUCACCUGUUGGUUGUCCCUCCAGCUGUCAUCUUCCAAUUUAUAUGUACAGUGGUACCUCGGGUUAAGAACUUAAUUCGUUCUGGAUGUCUGUUCUUAACCUGAAACUGUUCUUAAUCUGAAGCACCACUUUAGCUAAUGGGGCUUCCUGCUGCCCCUGCACCGCCGCUGCACGAUUUCUGUUCUCAUCCUGAAGCAAAGUUCUUACCCGAGGUACUAUUUCUGGGUUAGCAGAGUCUGUAACCUGAAGCGUAUGUAACCCGAGGUACCACUGUACAUGCAAAAGUCUGGCAUGUUCUACUUCAAAUUAUGAAUGUUAGAAUUCAGUGUAGAGUGCAGUUUGGGGAACUAAUUGCUCAUGCAUACAACUUGUAAUAAAGUCCUUUCCACUGUGAUCACAUUACUCCAAAAAGGGUCAGCCUUUUGUUUUCGGCAAUUAGUCCUUGGGAUUCCUACGUGGCAGACUGGCUUAUUGUAGCAAGUGUUUUCUAGCAUACUUACUGCAUGGGAGUUGGGCUCCAAGACUGUAGCAAACAGACACCUCUAUGCUGACAAUGCCAAUAAGUAUCUUUCCUUUAUUCGGACACUUGCUGUGAAACAAUCAAAAAAGGGUCUUGUGAUGAUAGGCAUUUCCAAUUUUAAAAAUAUUUAAAGACAUUUACUGUUCAUUUCCUUCUACCUAAGUGAAGGUUUGAACCAGGCUGUUCCCAAUGAGGUUUGUAGCUUUCCAAGAAAAGUUUUAUUAACCACAUUUUGAAAAAAACAACAACCAGCAGAUUAACUUUCUCAGACACUACAGCUGAAUCAGGCUGCACAUGGUUAAUGCAUGCCUUUGGGAUGUAUUUGGCUUAUUUGAACUUGGAAAUUCCUGAGUCAAUUGUGUGUGUGUGUGUGUGUGUGUAUACACACAUACAAAAAAUAUAUAUGUGAAAUGUGACGCAUUAAAGUACUGUAAUUUCUUUCUAACCUUAUGCCAGCAGUGGCUUUUAGAUGUGAGCACCUAGUAUGACGACUGCAGAAUGUGCAAAAUCUAGAAAUAUUAUUUAUUUAGGUUAGAAACAGAGGAAUAAUUUCAAGGCAAAGGGGUUAGAAUCAGGCAUUACAAGCUGGGAAAAUUCACAUUCCUAAGUGCAUUCAUUAACUUUGGCAGUAUUACUGCUGACCACUAUUCUUAUUAAUCUGUUCCAUCUUCAAAUGAGAAAGAGGCAAGAAAUGAUAAAAUGAAAAUUGUGCUUCCCCUAGCCUCCAAAAGCGAGAAGCCCGUGAUAGUUCCACAGUCCCUACAAAAUUAAACUAGACACACACAUUCCCAAAAGUUUCAUUUUAUUUAUUAAACAACCUUAGAAAAUGCAUGUGCAUUUUAUUUCUACUAAACAGUGUGUGUGUGUGUGUGUGUGUGUUUAAAGGAUUUAUGGUUGUUCGAAAAGAUCUCUUCCUGGUAAACGAUCUUUUCGUGGUAACAGUUAUAUAAAAGCUGUUUCCCGAUUGCCUGUUCUGUGUUCUCUGGCAAAGACUACAGACUUAUAUCACUGCUGGGCAGAUGGCUAUAACAGAUUUUAACAGUCUUACCAAGCAAACGAAACUUAUUACUGCUGAAGUUUUUAUCCUGGCUUUAAUACUCUUUUGUCCUUUCUAUUACAACUCCCUUCUCUACGGCCUCCUUGCUUCCCAACUCACCCAACAUGUGCAGAAUAUUAUUCCUAACUUGCUUUCAAGUACAAAAGACCCUGUAUUUUCCCUCAGUCUCCAAUGUUUCCACUACCUUUCCCAUUCAUUUCAGGAAGCUGUUCAGCAUUGCCUUCCAUAUGGUUAUCCAAGCCCAUUUCAUGGAAUGGCCUCCUCUAGUCUCUUCCCUGCUCCUUCCAAAAAGCAAUCACAUAUGCUGUGGUUUCACCCCACCCUUGCCAGCGCUACUGGAGCACCGUAACAUACUUACGUUGGCUGGAAUCCUGAGCUUGCUCCUGCUGGCUGGCAGAACCUUUGAGUUGAGCUCCAUUCACUGGUGCCCACUGUGGCUGAAGGAGAAAUCAGUGGAAUUUAAGUACAACCAUUGCCGACUUGUUGCAACAGAAUCUAAGUUCAGCUAACUUAGUCUAGCUCUAACCCAAAUUACCACAGGGAGCUCCACUUGCACAGUGGGACUUCCAAUCCCCUUUUCUCCACACCUAGCCCCAGAGCAGAUUUGAUGGUGCAUGGGGGACUCAUGGGGAGAAGAGAGGGAGGGGAUUUUCUGUAGUGAGUGCAAAUCCAUGACCAACUGGGAAACCUUUAUGGGAUACAAUCCAAUGUACCUACUGUACAUCAACACAAGCAGAAAGUAUGGAUAUAACUCUACAGUCGUACCUUGGAUCUCAAAUGCCUUGGCUCCCAAACAAAUCGGCUCCCCAACAAUUGAAACCUGGAAGUGAUUGUUCAGGUUUUCGAGUGGGUUUUUUUGGAACCCAAACAUACAACGAGGCUUCCGACUGGCUUCCUGCAGCCAAUCGGAAGCCGCCCUUUGGUUUCUGAAUGUUUUGGAAGUCAUACUGACUUCCGGAAUGGAUUCCGUUCGACUUUCAAGGUACGACUAUACAAGUAAAGCGUUAGUUUAACUAUGGCUGGAUCUAGACACAUCAAAAAAUCUGUUUCCGUUAAAUGCAUUGUAAACUUCAUACAGGGAAAUCCCACUGGCAAAAAAGCGCCAUCUGGUGUCAGUGUUGUAACCCAUAUAAUGUGGUUUAUCUUUAUGAAUGUAGCUGAGUCCUACCUAUCUCUCUUCCUUUUCCAGGUCCAUUUGAUGUUCCCUGAUCAUGUCCCUAAGCCUUGCUGUGCCCCAACGAAACUAAAUGCAAUCUCUGUGCUCUAUUUUGAUGACAGUUCAAAUGUUAUUUUGAAAAAGUACAGAAACAUGGUGGUACGAUCAUGUGGUUGCCACUAGAAUUGGUUUGUAAAAAAGAAGAUUCUCAAUAAUAUCUUUUUUUCCUUAAUUAUAGUAAAGGUGAUAGAAUGCCCUUUUUAAGGAAACAAGGACCUUAAACAACUUAUUCCAGUUUAUGUCAUUUUUCAUUCAUGUACAGUAUUAUGUACAUAGUAGCAUUAAUUUAUUUAAAGGUAUAUAGUUUCUUUUGUAUGAAUGAUAUUGCAAACGCUUUAUUAUAUUAGUAAUGUACUAGAAUAUUGAAGGCAGAUUUUCAGCUAAUCAUGCCGAGAUUUAUUUCAUUUUUUAAAAAAGCCUUUGUAUAGUUCUCUCUCUUUAACUCAGAAACCCCAGAACUCCCGUGACUGUUUUAUAUUGUUAAAGGAAAUUGAAUACAUUUGGCUACAUUGUGCCAAUGAAAACUCUGGCGGGCUAUUUAUUUAGAAAAGGCACUGAAGAAAGGCUGAAAAAGAGAGAGAGAGAAAAUGCUUAGCUAAAAACAAUUCUCCUUUUAGAAGUUCUACUCCAUUAGAUAAAGAAAAACGCUGAACCGUGUUUAAAUAAAUAAAUGGCAGUUUAAAUGCAGGGGCUGAAAGAUUGCACAUAAUUGUCAAAGCUAUUUUCUUUAGCAGAAGGAGUGUAACCAUAGAUAGGAGCUAUGUUACCUCUAUUUGCUUGUGGGGUUGCAAAUUUUUCUGAAGUCAUUAAGCUUUUGGGGGUUGCUUUUUGCCUGGGUCCAUAGCUUUUGAAGUUAGCAGGGCAGGGUGGAAUGUAGAAGAACAACCUUCUUACCUCAAGUAAAUGCUAUUGGUCUAUUAAACUAUAACGCUACUGCGAUGGAUUUGUUUGUGUUUAUUGACCAAAACAAAACACAUGAGCCAGUGAGUGAGUUAAUGAAAUGGAGAAUAAGCAGAGAAUAACCCCCCCUGCCCCAAAUGCCCUCAAACCAGUCCUCAAAGAGCAUUAUUUAAGUUAAGAAGAAUGCUCAUUUACUUAUUUCUUGGAUUACUUAAUCUCACCUUCAAGCAUUAUUUAAUAGGAUUUGUGUCUGUGACGGGGAAGUGAGGGUGCACACUGUUGCAGAAAAAUGCGGUCAGCUGUAUGGCGUUUCAGAAAAAUUACUUUAUCUCACUUACAAAUAUCAUUUAUUCCUGUUUUUAAAAUAUCUUUCAAAAAAUCUGUUGAAAUACUAAACAAUUACUUCUGUUAGAGUUCUUUUUGACAAACCCCCCCUCCCAUUCCAGCUGCUUUUAACUAUGUUUUUAAUUUACCACAAAGCCUUACUUAGUUAAACUGCAGUUCAUGUACUGUAAUGCAUUUUAAUAUAGGUAUCUUUUAUGACUUGCUGUUUUGAAGAGGAAUCAUGAAGGUUAAAAUUAAUCUGAGAAGCAUUUAAAAAGGAAAUGGAUUUGCCUGUGAUUUAGAUAGAUUAAAGGUUGUGGUUAUUUGGAACUGAAUUUAUUUUAAAUAAAGUUUGAAAAGUGUAUUUUGGGUACAUUAAGUAAUAUAUUUUUGAAUAAAGGUGUACCAUUUUGAGUGUAUGAAAUUGAAGAUUAUAUUAUUCUUUGAAAUGUUCUGUUGAAAUACAAGUCUAUAUUUUAAGAUCUAAUAAAUCUGAAACCUUUGUUUGCUCUGC